GUCACCUGCAUGCAACUGAGGCCGAGGGCCAUUUUCAGCUGCCCUCCGGUCCCCUCCUCCUGGGAUCAGCUUCGGAUCGAGGAGGGGCGUGCCUGGAUUUCCAGUAGCCGCCCGGAGGACCGAGCGGAGGAGCGACUGUUUUGAUCUCUGCGCUUGCACAACGCCUAAGCUGCGUUUGCUACUAUUAGGUACGACUCCUAUUCACCUUUUAGGGAACUGACAAGUUGUUUGUUUUUUUAAAAAAUAGGCAAGGGGGCGGAUAAUGCUGCAGGAAACCAAAAGGGCUAUAUAUCUGAUGGGGAGAAAUUUGUGUGAUGAGUUAAAAAGAAAAGGAAAAAAGAAAGAAGUGCGCGUGGCGAUCGGGGGUGGGAAGGAGCGAGCGAGCGUUGAAAUAAAUAAAUAAAAGCCGAGAGCACCUCGGCAGGCACUAAGCUUGCGAGUCCCAGUGAGUCAGCCGGGCUGAGGCCAGCGCACUCCCUCCGGCUCUCUGGCUGCCGCCGCUGCACACGCAGCCAGGGCGUGUGGGGCAAAGUCAAGUCCCCGGCUGGCCCAUCCUUGCUCGCCGUGGGGAGUCCGAGAAGGGGUUUGGGGUGGCGGCGGCUCUCCACCCCUUUUCCCUUUUGACAGACACGGCCAGUUGCUGCGAAAAGCCGGGUCACCCGAUCUCCCUUUCGGAGGAGCCCAGGGAGCCGCCGCCGCCGCCAGCACACAAACAAACACAGAGCUGCUGUGCAAAAAAAAACCCCGACAGCGGGAGAGAGAGGCUGGCGGAGGAGGCGCCUGGAGGAGAGCGAGGAGCCGGGCGAGCGGCAAAGCGGGGAGUCGCGGGGUCCGGAGCGGAGGUAAGAGGCGGGGGCGUGGAAGGUGGAGGGGCUGCGGGGGAGCGGCGGGCAGAAAGGAAAGUGAAAGCUGCGCCUGCUCUCCUGGCCUCCAGCCGGAUGGGCUCUCAGGCGGAGCAGCGGGCGAGCUAAAAGGAGGGCCGGAUGGGUGGCUACUAGCCGCUGGGCUGGGAGUUGAGGGGCGUGCCAAGGCGACCUGCCCCACGAGGCCCCAGGUAAAACCUCUCUCUCCCCCACAAGCGAAACCUCCUGGGAUCCCCACCCGGUGCGCUUCUUUGGUUGCGCUACUUGUUGCUCGCGGAGGGCGAGUCGAGGGGCGGCUGAUGUCACUUCUUUGGCCGGCUUGCGGUGUUGGCGUCUCCUCGCUCGCUCGCAAGAAGUCCCUCGGAGUCCAGCGAUUGCCGCCCAACUUCCCAGCUGUUGCCGGAGAGGGAUCCGAUCGCCUCCUGCUGCGACCUCAGCAAACUCUUGGGGGUUGUUUUCCCUCGGGAAGAGCUGCCACGCGCGUCUGGGCACAUAUUGGGUGGUGAUGGUGCUUUUGGAUAAGUCUAAGGACAGCCGCUCUUGGAGGGGAAGCGUCCCUUAAGGGUCUUCCCCAUCCGUAAUGGUAUAAGGCAUCGAUCAGUAUAUAAACACUCGCAGGAUGAAGGACCUGCUGGGUGACUGAGGUUGCUGCUGCUUUUCCCUCUGCUUCUUUCCCAACGUUUGCACUUUCUGUGGGUUGAGGGGGUUUACUGCAUGUCCACAUUCCCCCCCCCCCCCAUGCAUUGAUUUGGAGAAUCCGAUUCCCCAUACAGGGCAACGAUGAUGCCCACAGCCUUGCUGGUGUCACCGGUAGCUGGCAUGGCAGACUAGAGGAAUUGCAAUGGUCAGCAGCAGCAGGUGUUGGGAAUGCCAUUUGGGAGGGAUGGAGGGAAAAGGCCCUUUCCCAGUACCUCUAUUCCAGGUAGUGCCUUGGGGAUUUGCACUAACAGAGAGUGCACUGGGAGCUCCCAUGAUGUAGGGAUGACCUCAUUCCAAAGGCACGUGGGUCUCUUUGGCUGCUUGGGCUGAAAAUGCAGUGAGGUCCUUCUUUUUCUCAAUUCGAAUUGAGGCUGGUUUUGGGAGGAAAUGCAUCAAAAUGCACUAUUUCAUAAGAAAUGGCAGGAGAGACAUGGACUGUGGCUAAUGUUGUGUGGUGGGAGAGCACUGGAUGGGAGUGUAGACACAGCCUUUAAUUAUAUAUUUGGCCUCUAGCCUCUGCAGACCUUCUUCAUGUGGUGGUCUAAAAGGAAUGGGUUGACUUUCAAAUUUGUGGAUUGUGGUGCCUGAAAGCAGAGGCGGGAGGAGAACAAUGAAGGGAAUCCUGUGGGAUGUGAUGGAGCUGAACAUCUUCCAUAUUUUGGUCAUCAGGUCUUGCAUCAUGUUAUUCACUCUCCACUCUCAGCUCAGCCUCUCAUUCAGGGUUAGUUUUGCCCUUCCAUCUAUUAUCACCUUGAAACCCAACAGGCAGAAAGAAGGGAGUAUAAAUAGAAAUUAUAAGUCAGUAAAAAUAAUCUGCCAACCGGAGAGCACUUCUGGGGGAUGAGUCCAUUCACAGCCAUGUCGUCCUUUGCUCAGAGCCUGGGUCUUUGGGCAUUGCAGCCAAAGCUUUCUAUGCAUCAGGGAUUCAGAUCCACCAUGCAUGUUUUUAGACUACUUAAGCUACCUGUCACUUUACUCAUUUAUUUAUUGCAUACAUAUAUCCCCCACCUUUCCUCCAAGGAGUUCAAGGUGAUAUAGAUGGCUUUCCCCUUCUCCAUUAUAUCUUCACAACAGUUGGGGAGGGUUCGUGACUCGCCCAAGGUGAGCAUCAUGGUUGGUCCUAGUUUAUCCCUCUAGUCACCGCACUAAAAAUACCCAAGGAGAAGAAUACUUCUGAGCCACCUCUGUGGUGUCUCUUUCCCUGUGUCUAGCCAACAAUUCUCCUGCUAAUGCUAAAUCAGAUGAAACUUCUUGAGAGAUGUGGGACAGAAGCCACAGAAAGUUUAGUUGCUGUAACUGUCCCUCCCACUAGGCUGCCACACAACGCUGGGCAAGUCACCUUGCUUUUCUAUUUGCCAGUAAUUUUCAAACUUUCUACAUUUAAAAAGAACCGUUUAAGAAUGGACUUUCUUUCUGAGAUGAGAAAACCCCAAAUGUCUGCACAGAGGACCCCUCUGUGUUAGAGAAGAGUCUGGCACAUGCUGGAAGGAGCACUGAACAUGCCACUGGGUGUCAUCAAUGUUAUUUUUUUUGGCCCUGAUUCAAAAUUGUAUCCUCCACAUCACUUAGGCCAAUCUGCAUGAAGCCCUGCAUGCACUCAGAACAUAUUUUAGAAUGUACCCUGUAGUGUUUCUGCGAUUGUGAAAUACAGUAAAGAUUGCCAUUGGUCAACUUGGCCUCCUUAGGAAUGUAGGGACAUGAGAAAAUGCCUUAAACUAAGUCAGACAAAUGGCUCCAUCUAACUCAGAAUUGUCUACAUUGACUGGCAAUGGGUGUCCUGGAUUUCGGGCCCUGGGUCAAUCUCAGCCCUAACUGGCAGUGCCAGGAACUGAACCCGGGAACAUCUGCAUUCAAGGCAGAUGCUCUGCCACUGCGCUGUGGGCCUUCUCAUUGAGGAACCUCUCAUAAGCAACCAAGGACUCUCCUGAACACAGUUUAGAAACCACUACUUUGUUCUAUAGUAAAAAAAAAUUCAACGUCCUUUUUCUGAGGAAUUUUUAUAAUUCUCAAAAUUGCCUGAACAAUCAAAUGUCUCACCCAAGCUUCAACCUGCACUGUCCAGUCAGGUCUUGAGUGAUAGGAAUUUAGAAGAUAGCUUUCUAGAAUUUGGAAGCUGGGAGGAUGUUUGUGCAAAGGAUUUUGUGAGUGCUCAGUCUCAUCCCUGAGCAAUGAGCAGGUUGAACACUCAUACUUACAGCUACAAAGAGUACCUGUGGAUGUUUAUGACACAAUAAAUGUGCUAGUCAUUAGUCUUUAAGGUGCCACUGGAUUCUAUGGUUCUGGAGCGGAUAUUUUGCUACAGUAUCUCCCGAAGUGUGAGCCCAGCAGCUUUCUUCCUUGAGCGAAGUAGUAAAUGCUGCACCCACAAGUCAAGAUACAUGGUACCCAAGGCCACGCAAGUUAUUUUGCCACCCGAGGCAGAAAAAUCAGAAAACAUAUCCUUUCCAUGUCAGUAAUGUGUCAAUAACUGAAUAGCUAGCAAUUUGCUGCCCUUUCACGAAUGAUCCCCCAAAUCAACUGCCUAAGCUGACUGUCUCACUUUGCUCAAUGGUGGGGCCAGCUCAGCUUGACUUCAGCAAUUCAACCAAAGUAGAGUAUGCCACACAGGCAAGACCACAGUGGAAGCAGUGGUGAGUCUGUUGCUGAUUUGAAUUACAUCCAACAAGUCCCCUAGUAGAGCAAAGAAUUGGCAGGUGUAAUGCAUGAUUUACAAAAAUGAGAACUAGACAGAAAUUGAUGGAGGAUUUUUUUUUAUUAUUUUUUUGCAAAACUAGGAUGAUUCUUGGUGGGUACAGGUUUCAGCUUUUUGAGCAGUUUCAAAUGCUGAUGAGUUCAGUUUUUUAGAAUUCUCAAGUCAUUGGGAUCUGGCAUUCCUUUAAACUCAUAUUCAGACAUCACAAAAUUAGCCCAGGGCUACACUCUCAGUAACUACAGAUCUGCUAUGGCACUGGAAAAAUGCUGAGUGACUAUUCAGGGCAAAGGGGUCACCCUGUGAUUGCAAAGGAGUCAUCAUGAAGUCAGCCUAGAAUACCGGUGUAUUGCGCAAAUGAUAGUUGUCUUCGGCUGGUUUUGUGGUGGUGCCACGUGUGAGCUUCAGUGCCGUGCAUAGACUGGACUGGAUCUUCCUUGGGAAACAAAUGCCAUCUCCCACAUGGUGCCCAGGAGAUCUGAGCAUAGUUGUCAGUGAUGAUCUAUACCCUUUCAGAUUCCUUGCUCAUCAUCUAUGGUUUGUGUUGCUGUAUGUCAAAUGGACUCUUUUUGUUGAUCCUCUCACUUGGCGUCAGGCCAGGCACAAUCCACUGGCAAAUUUUCUUUUAUCUCAGAUUGCAGUUAUGGGUUCACUAAAGUGUGUAUUUUCAUCACAAGUAAAGAGUCCCGGCUGACAGGGUCUGUGAAUGGUUUUUAUCCAUGUGCUGUUUCUUCAAUGGCGGAGAUGGUACGAACCAAUCCCCGGGAGGAAUUCAGUGUUGCACUAUUAUGAUCCUUACAUCAAAGAAAACAUUCCUGAUUGCCAGAUGGAACAAUCUCCCUUCUCCUCAUCCGCCCCCCAUGCACUGUUCUGGGGGUUCUCCUGACACCCCACACCCUGAGCUGAUUUGGAUAAGAAGAGAGGGAGAAGCCCUGUUGUGCUAGCAGGAUUCAUUGUGCUGGCUCCCACUAGCACAACUGUUUAGUUGAGUCCUGCCCCAGCUUCCAAUAUGCUGUGUUGGGGAAAAUUUGCUUUCAGAGAUAAUAGCUCCACAGCUUCCAUGGCUUCUUGGAUAUUCCACAAGGGAUUAGGCAACUGUCCUUUAGAGAGCUUUCAAGUAGAGCAACAUUCCAUAAGAACAUUUAUCUGAAUAACAGUAGCUUUUUGAUGAGAGAAGCUAUGGAAGUUUAUGACUUCCUUGGAACUCUUUAUUUGGAACAGAAUGCUCUGGGAGGAAGUUUUUUGUGGUUUUGCAGAUUCUUAGGAAAUGACAAACUUAAGUUCAACCUUUGCCAGAUAGGUAUCUGUAUCACCAGGCUGUUUCCAACGGACGAUACCAUCUUCUGAUCUCAUGGUCUAGUGGAGUCGUCCGUUCUACUCCUUUAAGAAUGAACAGAUGAGAGCAAGUCACACUUCUUCGGCUCUGACUCUCGUUGUUUACUGUUCACGGCAUGCCAAAAUCACAGGUUGUAGUGGUAUUUCCUAGUGCUGGGAGGUUGAAUAACCUUAGGACAUCGCUUGUGUUUUAGUGUAAUCUGCAGAAGUUCACAUCCAUUGUGUUGCUCUGUUACUGUUAACUUUUUAAUAUGCUUACAAUAUAUAUUUCAAAUAAUCUCCAAACGGAUCUGCCCAAUUUUGGGCAGCCGCCAUCCUUUACUUGGAAUGUGAUACCUACCAGCAAUAUCUAGAGACCAUUUGUUUUUUGAGGUUCUUCUGUACUAGUUAUAAGAGUGAGGCAUUAUAUUUCAUCUGUACAUCAGCCAGGGUUGCCAGGCUGCAAGCUGGUGAACCUACCUUUCGCUGUUGAUAAAGGUAUGUUUUCUAGCAGAUGCAAUGGUAGACAUUGCAGCUGCUAUGCUGCUAACUGCUCUAGGAUAAAGAUGAGCGCUACUCAUUUGAGCAGAUGGGACAGUAUGGCAAGGGAUGCCACCAAGAAGUAGCAAAGCGGAAAGGGCAGGGGUAGCAAUUACUUCCACUCUAUUAACAUUGCUUAGUAGCUCUCAUAUAUCAGCUACAUCCAGAUACUGCAGAGAGAGAGAGAGAGAGAGAGAGAGAGAGAGAAGAAGAAGAAGAAGAAGAAGAAGAAGAAGAAGAAGAAGAAGAGGGAAGGAAGGAAGGGCAACAUUUUCCUUUCCUGGUCAUACAGGGCACUGUUUAUUUCUACCUUUGGCCAUUUAUGUUCGUGUGUGUAGGCCUUGGGUCAUUGCUGAGCUGCUGGCAGGUGUGGCAGUACUUACACCUGCUAAGGCUCACCUUAAAAGAAGCAGUUCUUUGCCCCCACCGUUCUAUCUCCCACCCUGCCACAGGAAGAGCAUGGCAAUGCAAGGACUACUUUUGAAAGCUUUACACAAUGAUACAAGUUCUCUGAAUACCUUCUCCAUCACAAGUCAAUGCACAUCAAGGGAAACGUCUUCCCACCAGGGUCAGUGAGUGUGCAACAUCCUCAGAGGAAUCAGGGUUCCUGUUUCACUUGGACCAGAUGGAUCUGCAAGCCUUGUGUUAUGCAGAGCUUUGAUGUGUGGGAGCAAAAGUCUGAAAUUUCAUAGGCGGACAAGCAAAUGCGUAUGUUGCCUUACAUGGGGGAUGGGGGGGGGGAAUAUCCCACACAGCUGUUGCUAAGGCAAAGAGCCAGUCAGUUGUCUUGCCAAGAAACCUGUCUUUAUUUCUUUAUUGUCAAUAACUUGAAGUAUUUGAAGGAAAAUGCAAUGUUUUCCUUCUCUGGUUAUAUAUAGGAUGCUACAUUAUGUAUUUAAAUUAUUUAUCUUAUAUCACUACAUGGGAUGAAUAUAUGUGUGUUUGUUUGUGCACAUGCACACACGUGCACACACACGUGCAUAUACACACACACACACUCACUAGGUCUUGGGGUCAUUUCUUGUAGGCCUGCCACUGCCUAUGAAACAAAGAAAGGAAGAAAGUCUCACCUGCAAAGGGAUUGCUCAGCUGACUCAAUCCACCCAUGUCUGGCUCAUUUUUCCUCACCACUGAAGUUGACAAACCCUACCAUAAGCUCAUUCAGCCACACUGGAUAACAUUCCUAACAUAAUAGACCUAGCCUGAACAAAGCCGUAACUCACACCAGAUACAGUCAUGUUGCUACCGGAAUGGAAUCCAGACAAUAAUCUUGCCUGGCAUUGUCUGGUGGUGAGUACCUUUUACCAAAGGCUCAGUAGAAAAUAUUGUUAGAAUGAGGGGGAGACAAUAACCCUGCCAGCUCCACCUCAUUUUCUUUUAACCCUCACAAUAGCCUGGAAUGAAAACAAGGAGGCCAGAAUCCAGCAGGAAUAAGAAGUGUGCUUUGACCUGUGGACUUCAGCUCUUUGCUUGAUGAUGGGCCCAGUAUAUUAAGCGAGAAUGUGUCUUUCUCCUCCUUCUGAACAUGUGGAUCCAUCUGGAUGGUGCUAAAUUUCCUUGAGUCCAUCAGACAGUGCCUCUUCAUUCUUUAAUCUCGGAUUUCUGGGAGUAGCUGGGGAGCUUAAAACAGGGUUUUCAAAAAGCAUUUUUUGAAAUGAUAUACUUUAUUUUGAUUCCAUGUAGCUCAUGAGUUAUUUUUAGGUUUGUAGAUCCUCUGGGCAUCUGAGCAGUUCUUUCUCUUGCUAUGUGAAAGAGGGUAAAAAGCUUUGAUGAGAAAUAUAUAGCCAACCACUUUGAACUAUCUGGUACCUCUCAUUGUCUGUUUCUAGCUAGCUAUUGAAAUCCCUCAAAGAAUAAAAAAGAGCAAAUAAAACACUUACAGCAACAAAGCAGAUAAAAACUGCAGCCAAUAUUUUGUUUUUAAGUUAGUUGAUAAACGUUAAAGCUGGAGGACUUCUUUUAAAAAUAAAUCUUGUGACUGUUUAACAAUUGUCUUUGGGAUUGAUGAUGGUGCAGUAAUGUAUCUAAUAACUGGGUGAAAUUCUAAUUGCCUUUAGUUUUUUAGGAGCUGGGUCAGUUUUAGAUAUUUUGCCAGGUGAGUAAAUAAUUGACUGAGAGAGAUCUAAUUACCAACCAUUUUCAUGUUCCUGUUGGUCAUUCAAGGCUGCAAUCCUAUGCUUCCAUGGAUGCAAAUCCCCAUUUCCAAGUUAGCAUCUUUAGGAUCAGGCUGUGCAAGUGUUAGCCCAAUAUGCAGCCGUUCAGCCCCCCUAAAUCAUUUUACUCUAGAGGGUGAGAUCCAAUGUAGUGUGAAUGGGUGUCUGCUCAUGCAACAGUGCUUCUCCUUCCUGCCCUACCCCCAACCUGCAUUGCAGGGGGAUUGGACUAGAUGGCUCUUAGGGUCCCUUCUAGCUCUAUGAGUCUAUGAUUCCAUGACCCCUGCACAUGCCCCAAAUCUGCUGUGGAUGGUUGAGAGACAUUCUGGAGCUGGUUCUGGGGAGUCAGGGGGAGAAGGUAAUCUUGAAGUCCUUUGCAGAAGCAGAUUUCCAUUGUGCAAGCAGGCUCCCACAUUGGAUCUAACCCAUGGUUGGUUUCCUUUUUUUGAAAAAACCUUCACUAUACACACACUCACUGCAAUUCUUCUAACAUUGCUGUUAUAGUAGUAUUAUAUGAAUAACAUGGUGCUAACGGAAUCAGUUGUUCCCUGAAAAAGUUAUUGGCUGUACAAAUCAGAGGAGAACUCCAAAAACAAAACUUGAGUUAUGCAUGAAGUAAUAUGAAGUAGACCUUCCAAAGGCAGCAAAUUCCAGAUGGGGCAUUUUACCACUCCUAACUCUGUAUGUGUAAUGAUUGUAUUACUAUGAAUCACCCUGGACUCAAUUUCUGAUCAAGGGCCUUAUGCAAAUACUUUGAGCAACCCCUCCCAGUGGUAUUAAAGGGAUAAAGAGAGAUGGACUUCCCCCUUUUGAGUACAAAAAUAUGUCAGGCUGGCACUAGAGCAUUGCUGCAGCUGGCCAUGUCCACGGGUUGUUUUUGGUGGGCACAGUAGAUAAUAUAGGAUAAGCAGCUCUGAGUUCAGAAGUGCUAUAACUUUGCUGUUCUGUCUGCACUGUCAGAGGCAGUGUUCCUUUAUAUAUGAGUUACUGAGAACUGGAAUCAUAGUAUCAUAUAAUUUUGGAACUGACCCUGAGGAUCAUCUAGUUAUUAGGCUUUGGGGAAUAGGAUCCCCCUAUGGUGGCAGCAAAGAAGCAGAGAAAAAAGAAGAGUUCUUGCCAAUUAGUUUAUUCAAUAAUUACAGUGAGAGACAAAGGAAUGCGGUCUCUCUCUCUAUCAUGGUGUUGCUCCAAGUAAAGUCCCACCCCCGUACGUCUCCCCUAUUAGAUGUCACUCCUGCGCCCACUAAUCUGAGCUUUCUGCUUCUGAACUCUCUGUUCUAAUACCCUCAAUGCCCGCCUGGUUCUGGGAGGGGAUGGGGGUCAAGAAUGCUUCCCAAGGACACUAAGUCUGUCAGCUGUCCCUCCCCUGGUGCUUCUUCUUCUUCCUGCUGUUCCUCUCCCAAUAUUUCCCAGCUUCUGCCCUCUGCAGCCUCUGAACUAUGCCCUUCUGCAAACCACUGUUCUAAAUCUAUACUAUCCUCCUGUUCUCAGGAAGGUUCAGCAGAAGGGGAGUGACCCCCACCAUUCCUCCUCAGUCCAGCCCUUGACACUAGUCCAACCCAAGUGUUGUUGCAGUCAGGUCCUGCUCGCAUGCUUCGCAUUGGCACUUUGAGAAGAGGAUGCUGGACUAGACGGGCCUUCAGUCUGGUCAAGCAAGUCACUUCUUACAUUCUUAAUUCAGGAGGUCAAGGAAUGAUUUUUUUACAUUCCUUCCCAUCCUAGAAUUUUUUUUAUUUUCACCAACACUCUCUCUUAUCUUUGGCACUCAGCUUCUGAAGAAAGGAGUGGAAGUCCUUGCCACAUAAUGGAUUGACUUUGACAGCAUGGAAAGAAAAUGUGAAGCUUUGAGUUUCAGGGAUGUUACUGGAAGUCAUGACCAUGACAUUUAGAAAUCCAGGGAGCUUGUCAAGUGACAAAUGCGCAGGAAGAAAUUCCAGUGGCUCUCAAACAGCUCUGGGCCUGUCAGCAUUUUUACUGAAUGCUCUCUCAACGUACCGCCGGAGAGGCUGUGCAGGCAACUAAUUUCCCCCUUGUUUUUCAACUUACACUUUUUAAUCCACAAUGGGUUGCAUUGGCUUAUAUAUUUAAAAGUAUCAGGUGGAUUUGAUAGGGUGGCUCGACACACUUGUGACCAGUUUGUUGAGCGGAGCAGGCGGUUUCAGACUCACUCAGUAUGGAUGCAUGUUAAAUCACAGACAGUGCAACCCUAAGCAUAUUUACUUAGAAGUGAAGCCCACCAUCUUCAGCCAUUACAAUUUUCGAUCCAUUGAAGGGGCACAGGUGUCAGAAAGCACACAGGCAUUGGAGGCAAUGUACCAUCCCUCUGCCAUUAUGUUCCAAUUCUCUGAUCAAGCAUAGUGCAUGCCCAGCUUAAGCGUGGAUAAAAUAGUAGUCUCCGAGAACAAGGCUGGAGCAGGGCAGGGAGAAUUAAAGUUUGGAGGUGGUGGGAAUGAGAUUGGGUUGUUUGUGUGGAUUUGGCCACCACUGUAGAAAAGUAAACAGCAGCAAAGCACUUUGGGUAAGUCUGCAGCAGCUUAUUUUGGCAUGAUUUACCAACAGAAAUAGCAUGAAGACCUUGAGAGUUCUGCCACAGUCUGUUUACUGACGCUGAUUAUUGUUCCACUUUCAGGUCUCUUGGUACAUUAUUCAGAAGGUACUAACCUUUUUGCGGUUAGUGUGGACAAAUACGCUGUGAUGUCAACCCCUUCCCCUCCCAAUCCUGGCAAUUGUCCAGCCGGUCUGUUCCAUUAUUCCCCUUAUCUCUUUCAUUCUCUCUUUUACUUUCUUUUGUUGAUUUUAUGCUUAGCCACUCUUUUUUCAGGGUACUGAGAGGCAGUACUUUCCUGACUCUGCGUAACCCUGGCUGCUAAACAAUCCUAUAGCGAACUCUCAGGGUGCUCCCCCUUUCCAUGCCAUAUCACUGACUUUAACUUGAUAACUAAGGCUCCAAUCCUAACUCCAAUAACCUGGGAGUAAGCCUCCUUCAGUUCAGUAGAAUAUAUAUCUGAGUUAACAUGGUUAGGGCUGUAAGGCUCUCCUUUUAGAAACAGGUUGACUCUACUCUUGCCAUAAAACUCUAGAGUGCACUAAAUUUUAGUGACUAAAACAUUCCCGUGUCUACCUUGAUCCUAUGCAUUUUCUUCUCUGAAGUUAUUUCUGUUGUGCUCAGUUGCGGUGCUCCAGUGAGUAAAUAUGGACAGGAUUGCAGCCUUAAACGGAUCUAGCAGUUAUCCCCUCCCACAGGCAACCUGGGAACUGUAGGUGCAAAAGAGGAUAGGGAAAAUCUGUUUAAGAAGAUAGAGAAAACCCUCAACACUACUGAUAAACUAUGAUUCCAAGGAUUCUUUCAGAGCAGGAGUUGCAAACCCUUAGCCCAUGGGUUAUAUAUAGCCCUCCAAGAGGUUUUGGGUGCUCCCCCCAUUUCAGUGACAAGUUAAAUAUUGAUUGAUUGAUUGAUUGAUUGAUUGACUGAUUGAUUGAUUGAUGCAUACAUGCAUGCAUUCAUAAAAACCAAACCACUCACCACCUUUCCAUUUAGGGGAAUUUAGGAUGAGGGAAGAGGAACUUUGAAAAAAAUAAUAUUAGGAAAAUCAGUUAAACUAAAUACCUUUUAAAAAAAGUAAAAUAAAAUAACCAGUCGGAAAUAAGGAAAGGAAUGGCCUCACUUUGGAUAGAUAGCAGCAGCAUAAAUGCAUUAAAUAAAAGAAGUUUUAAAAAGUAAAAGAAUAUGCACAUAGAAUGAGUUUGGGAGGAUUAAGGAAGGGAAUGGACUGGCCCUGGGUGGAAAGAAUUUAACAUGAGUUUGGGAUUAAUAAAGGGAAGGGAUCGUUAAUGCGAUGAAUGUCGGGAAGGGGAUGAAGGGGAGAGAGUUAACAUAUUCUGUGUAUUCAGCAUUUAAUUGAAAAUGAAUUUAGACGGUAUUAAUUUUUCCACUCUGGCCACACCCAUUUGGCUCCCUCUGCUUUAGUCUAUGUCAUGGCUGUACCUCUACCCUCAGUCAGACUUGUUGCUGGCAAAAGGCAAUCUCUGGGAUGUUCAUUGCCCCUGACACUUUUCUUUCACAAGUGCCCACAGCUCUGAGAAAGCCAAGGUGGAAGGUCACAAGCACUUUUGGAUUUACUGCAGCCAUAUUCUACAGACUGGCAAUGUUUGUGAUGCCUCCAACAAAGGAAGUCAACAUUUAUACAAUGUCUUGUGAAGCUUACAAAUAUUCCAUCUAGGUCUGAAAUCCUUCGCCUCAUUUUCUACCUUCAGUGGCAACAGAGCAGAGCCAUUUCCCACCUUUCUGCAUGGUGACCUUCAAAGUAGCCUUAUUGAAAAUCUGUGUCACUCCUCUUCACCCUCAAUAAGAAACUUAACAGUAGUGUGUGUGUGUGGCAUUAUGCACUGUGGGAAAACACAACUUGCUUCUCCAUUAGGAGGUUUCACAUAAUAGAUGGCACACAUAAACGUAGUAUCGGCAGUCCAAAUCACUAUAGCAAUUUGGCCGUAAAUGCCUGUCAUUUCUGCAUUGUAUUUUAAAUCAUGUGUGGAGGUUUAGCCUUCAUACAAUAUAGGCUUAUUUUUAAGGGGACACAAGUAUUUUGAAUAGUUGAUGCAAAACGAGCCUUUAUUUUGCUUCCCUCAGUCUGAAAUGAGCAUUAAAUGGACGGAGACUCUCUUCUUAUGGCUUCUUCCCCUAUUUUCAUUUAGUCUUUUAUAGGUGUAUUCCCCACUGUGCAAUAAACUGGCCCAUUGGACUGCUUCAUAAGGCCAACAGGAGGUGGUCAAAUGAGACCUACUUUUUAAAAACAAAAAAACCCACAAGCAGUAUCUUUCUCACAUCCUUGUUGGAACAGAUUGCCUUUCCUAUCCUCUUUUCCUCUCUUGAGCCCUUCAGAUUUGUCAGCAUUUCAUAGAUUUGUAGAAAUCAAAUGACUUGUUGCUUAGGCAGGGGCGAGGCACUUCACUCUAUCACAGGCUAUGUCCCUGGAAUAUGAAAUCAGAUUCAGACCCAGAACUGGAUUUUGUCCCUUGAAAAGCAGUUCUGUUGAGCUUGAUACAGGAAAUUCUAGCUGCUACAUCUUUUUGCACCUGAGUGCACAGGGCCAAGGAGCCUCUUCAUAUUCUCAUCCUGCCUCCCCUUGCUUCUGCCUGCCCUCUUAUUUGCCCUCUGGAAUUGACUUCAAGUCCCAACGGAAGCAGGGAGAGGGGCAGUUUGAAUGAUGGGGACUGUAGUUACGAACUCAGCAGACUGGAGAAUUUGUAGCUGCUUCCAUGCCUGAUGAUAUCAGCACAAUUUAAAAUGUGAUGUAAGCAGCAUCCAUAUCUAUCCCAGAGGAAAGAAUGUGCCAACUGGUCUGUGUUAGUAGCACAAGCGUAUUGUAUAGCAAGCAGCAUUCUCUCACAAAAUCGAGUAUAUUUUUGGUAAUAAUCUGCACAAGAGACUCCCCUGCCCUGAAGAGGGAUGAUAUUUUAAAAAAUUUAGAGUAAUGGAGUGACAAUCAGGACAGCUGGCAACCCUGCUGGCAAGUCCAGCUCAGUGUGAGAGUGGAUUAAAUGACAUCUUAGGCCUCUGUUGACAACUAUUUUUUUAAUGAGAGACUUAUUUGGAAAUGGAAAGGGGAUGAAGGGCCAAUAGCAGCAGCUCCACCCCCUGAUUUACAUCCAUAUAAGCUGAAACAGAAAACAUAAAGAGAGCCUGUUGCCUUUCUCAUAGCAGCCCACCAAACGGCUAUGGGACCUGAGUGCCACACCAUGAGAUCUAAUGCUUUUUUCCUAGAAAAAUAGGUGCUGGUACUCACCAUGAAGUUGUUAUAGUAAGUGCCACACUUUUUAACCAAGAGAGAGAGAGAGGUGCCGGGACUGCGUACCCCUGAGUAAAAAACACUGACAAGACCUAAGAGCAGUGGGCAAAAGUUCUGUUGUUUUCUCCUUUCCUACGUGAACACAGGCAGAUCUCUGAUUUUACUAUGCAUCUUUCAGAAAAAGAACUCUUCCUUGCUACAGACACUUUAGCAAGCACCUCCCCUGCGCCUAAGCUGCUCAUUCGCACUUGAUGGAGUCAUGUUUGGGAAUUACCUGCUAAUAGGAGAAUUCUAGCAAGGCAUCUGUUCACACUGUUGUUGAGCCCUUCACCUGUUUCCCGGAGCUGUGGAAACUCCCCCAUCCCUCUCUGCAUUUGGAAAUGUCUGCUGCAUGGGCUGGGCACCACCAUAUUACGAAUUUCCACACUCUGCCCACAGGCAAGCAUAACCUGUGCUCCAGCUCUUUCAGUGAAUACCUGAGGUUCACAAUAAGAUGAGUGCUCUGCCAAAGGCCGUGAUGCUGUUGACACGAGGGAGGAGGUUCGAGGUUCGCUUGCUAGCAAGCGUCUCCCAGACGACCUGAGGGCAUAAAAGGGACGGACUGGGCUUGAGGCCGGGUAGGAGGCCCGUCAGCUGUAUUUCUUAGCUUAUCUGGCCUUACGAUUUGAUGACAGAAUGCAGAGUUGAAGUUAAAAAAUACACCCUGUGAGAGUACCAGAGAGUCCUACAGCACAAGUAACAGCAGCAGUGUGUGAUCUGAGAGGGUGUCUGAGCAGCAGUGGUGCUCUCCUGACUGUUUCUUCCAGUUUUUCAUUUUCCCAUUCUUCAGUUCAUCUCUCUACAUUUCCACACCAGUCUGCAUUUAAAAAACCCAACAACCAACCUCCUGAAAGUUCCUUAGCAGUUUAGUGCAAAUUUCUCCUAAUAUAUACAUUUUUGUAUAGAAUUUUUCCUGAUUACACAUUUUGGCAAAACAAUUUCCCCACAUAUAAUGCAGUGUGUGUGUGUAUUUACGCAGUAGGAGAAUAUAUACAGUAGGAGAAAGUGUGCAUAAAAAUGCAUAUACAGGUGUGUGUGUGUACCAAAAACACACACACCUGUAUAUGCAUUUUUAUGCACACUGUCUCCUACUAUAUGCACUUUUGGGUACAUUACUUGGCGGGAACACCACACUACAAAAUUUGGAGAAGGGCAAAUUUCAAAAAAUGGCUGUGUUUCGGUUUGUGUAAUGUUUCAGAAAGGGUGGAUUUGGUAGGUUCACCUUUAAAUGGGAAAUGAAUCCAUUUUCUCUGCUAUUCCUAGAUGGAGUGGAAUGAGGCAGUGGUGAGGUCAGAGUUGGCAGGGGUGGCCUUGCCACCACCUACUCUGCUUCGUCUUUGUCUCAGUGAAUGCCAGGAAGGCAGCACUGUUCCUCUAGCCACGCCACUGCUGCAAAGAAAAAGACCCAAAUAACGUUAUUAUAAUUCUUUUCCUGGGCCAGUGGGAUUGCGGGUCCGGGCAUUAUGCUCCACAGUCCACAACCCACAGACAAAUAAAGGACCACAUAGGCUGGUUUGAAUUGAAACAGGCCACAACCUUAUUGAAUACAAAUGAAAGAGGUUUGGCUUGGGCAUGGGGCAAUCAAAAUACUUCUGGCCCGCCACCGGAAGUGACACGUAGGUCAGUCCUAAGACUUACCGUAUUUUUAGCCCUAUAGGACGCACCGGCCCAUAGGACGCACCUAGUUUUUUUGGGGGGGGAAAUAAAGUAAAAAAAAAAUUAUUUCCCCCCAGGCGUGGGGCUGGGGCGGGGGAAACCCGAGCUUCCCCCGACCCCAGCACCCAGAACAGGCAGCUCUCCGCAAGCCGCGGGAGCCCUGGGAGCUCUCCGCAAGCCGUGGGAGCGCCGGGCUCCCGUGACUUGCGGAGAGCUGCGCUAAGCUUGAAGCCUGGGCGCACUGAGCUCAGCGCGCCCAGGCUUCAGCAUGCAGGCAACUCUCUGCAAGCCGUGGGAGCCCGGCGCCAGGGUCCCACGGCUUGCGGAGAGCUGCGCGAAGCCUGGAGAGUGAGGGGGUCAGUGCGCGCCGACCCCUCUCGCUCUCCAGGCUUCAGCGAAAGCCACACACAUUUCCCCUUUAUUUUUGAAGGGGAAAAAGUGCGUCCUAUAGGGUGAAAAAUACGGUACAUCAAACAGGGAACCCGACAAGGGAAAAGCAGGUAGGGCCCCAGGUGAAGGCUGCUUAAAUGGCCAGGGAGCAGACCUGAGGGAAGCCUUCCUGCUCCGUCGACUCCGGCCCCCAGCCCAACCCAUGUCCUAGCCUGCAUCCCUAUUUGCCAUUCUGGGAUGCAGGCAAGGAUCCGGCUUCUGAUAGGUGUUGCGGGCUUAUGCUCAUGCCCCCUAUCCAAACAGGGCUCCAAUGAAAUGAUUCCCUCAUCGGGGCCACAGAGAAGCGUCUGCCAUCCCGCAACGCCUCCUCACCAGAAAGGGACUUAUAAUACUGUCUCAGUCAGCUUUGUCUUGCAUACCGAAGCACACUUGGGAACCAGAAGUAAUUUUCCUGUAAAAGAGACUAUUGCCCAUUGGAAUUAGAAGUUAUAUUUCACCUGUAGGAAUUUGAAAAAGUCUGGUGUGUGUGUGUGUGUGUUUUUAAUGGAUGUUUUAGCAUUUACUAAUGCUUUUACGGAAGGUUGUACUUAUAUUUGUACAAUGCAGGUAUUCCUUGGAAAUAAUUUGGGUUUAUUUGUGGCACAGACUGUAAUACUGAAUAAGCCAAAUUCUGAGGAUCCACGCUUCUUCUCUGUCAACUGAUUAUAUGUUGCACUGUGGCUGUGAUGCAUGUGAGCCCCUUUUCUUUUUUAAUCAGAAAUAUCUGCAUUAAAAUAAAAAAUCCAGAAGUGAAUGGGGCUCACACACCAUUCCUUUUCCCUCUCUGUUUCUGAACACCUGGAUUUUUAUUUAUUUAUUUUACACUUCCUUGAUUCUGGGCUAAGCCUGAAGAGGUGAGAGAAGGUGAGAGAAACCUAAAGCCUCCAAGAUGCUCCCAACCUGUCAGAGAUAGCAAGCGAGGGAUUAAGAGCUCAUUCGCUGGGGCAAUAAGUCAGGCAAAUGGAGUAGGAUGUGAAAAGCAGAUGGGAGAAUCCUGCAAGACAGGUCACUGGGGCAAAAGAGACCUUAAUGAAGCGUAACAAUGAAGAAUAAAAUUACAUUGGGGUCAUUUGGAAUGCUCUGCCUGUAGCAGGCAGAAGACCAGUUAGCGACUCUUGAGGGGAAGUGGGGUCUGUGAGGCAGGGAACCCCUCUCCUCUUCUAUAUGGGAUAGGAAUGUUAAGUUAAAAUGCCACAUUCCAUUUCAGACUCUGAGGGAAAAGGGAAAAGUGGAUGAGCAAGUGAAGAGCACUUUGUUGAGCUUGGCUGUUGACAGGACACAAAUUCUUGAAAAAUAAGAGCCUGAUAAGGGUAGUAAAGAGAUAUGUAAUUAUAUAAAACCACAAAACCAAACAGUAAUAUUAUAACAAGUUAAAAGCAAAAAGAAAUUAGAAAAAACCAUAAAUAGACCAUUGUGGUGGGUAUGUACUCUUAACUGCCGGCAUAGGCUUGAUGGAACAGAAGAGUUUUCAGCGGGCAUUUAAAAGUUGGCACAAAGGACGCCCACUGAUUCUCUAGUGGCAGGGUGUUCCAUUAGGUACAUAGUUUUGGGAAUGUUUCUAUAUAACGGUGGCAAAAAUGACAAUGCUUGUGUCCCGGAUGUGUUUCAACAGGCGUGUGUUCAAUGUAGAAUCAGCCGAAAUGGAGCCAGGUAGGUUUCUGAGGCUGGCAAAUGACCUGACCAAGCUAUAAUUCUGUAUUUAAUAGUGGUGUCCUUCAAACCCGCUCUGAAGGGCCCUCUUGGGACACCGUGGUGCAGUGGCCUGAGAGUGCUGGGUUCAAUUCCUAGCUCAUCCAUGAAGCUCACUGGGUGGCCUUGGAUAGGUCACAGCCUAACCUGCCUCACGGAUGGUUAUAAGAAGAAUUAUGAGGCACUCUGAACACAGAAAAGAUAUUAUAGAAGCAUAAAUAAUAGUAUUCAGAAACAGUUCCUGCAAGAGCUUCAUUUUUCUUCCCCAAGCAGCCUUCAGCACUACAGGGGGAAAAUGCUGGAUGUGUGUUCAGAGUGUUUCAGCUUCUAAGCCUGAAAUUCAUAAUCAUCUGGCCCCUGCGGUUUGUUUUUUAAUAGUCCCACCAGCAUCCUGCAGCCAUAUUUCUUCCACAUUCUAGGAAGAUAAACACUUGAAAGGGUGACCCACUGGAGGAUGAAACUCAGGCCUGCUCUGGCCCGUCUCCAGUUGGGGUCAGUCUCUCUGGUCAACUGAGGAAACUUUUCUCUCUGUGCUGUUGCCAAGGAAAAGAGAACUGCAAUGUUACUUAAGAUUGAAAAGAACAGAAUAUUUUGUACUGGAUUCUCUUUGCUGUGUUAGGUCUAGACCUGUUGUUUUACAUAUGGCCAUUCACACUCUUAUAUCCCUCCGUAGCCAGCAACCCACACUUUUGACACCUGAUCUUAGCUUCUUUAACAGAUUCUUCCCCAAUGUGGCAACAAAUAAGUCAUUUUAACUGCAAAGAAGCAUUGGUGGCUGAUUUUUCCUCAUGAAAAGCUCCUUCAGAGGGGGACAAGAAGAUGUUUGCUCAUGUUACAAAUAUCCCCCACAUUCUUGAUGAAACAGUUUAAAAUUUUGAACAUAUGCCAUGAUUUCUAACAUUUGUUGGUAAUACAACAUUUUUGGGACUCGUAGGCUUGGUUUGCACAUCACAUUAAACCAUUGUUUAAAACAAAUGAUGGUUUAAUGUGAAUGAGUGGUGUGGUGUGUUGUUGCAUGCUGCUCAAAAAUUCCCAUUGCGCUGUGGACGAAAUGAAAUGUUUGUGGUGGACAACGCACCAUGCAAAUGGAACUUGGCGGACAGACAUUGGGGGGGACAGGAACAUGAGCAGAGCGUGACCAUGUUUUGCAUAUGCUCCCUAAAUCGUAGCAGACUAUGCCAGGUCCUAACCAUCUCCACCUCCACCUCCCACCUCCCCCUAAAGCAUUAUAAGUAGGCAAGGCAAGCUUGAUGGUUUUACAAACAUGCCCGCUGUUGGUUACAUAAUGGCUGGAUUGCUGCAAGAUGCUCUACAUAGGACUGCCUUUGAAAAGCUGGUACAAAAGUUUUGGCUAAAGUUUUGACCAGAGAUGAGGGUUUGGAGCAUGUUAAUCACCUUUUAUACCAUCUUCAGCGGCUUAGGACUUCCCAUCUUCCCAGAUGAACCUCUCCAUCCACUCAGAUACUUUUUUGACUUCUUGGCCACUAUUUGAAGUACUGUUCUUGAUAGAAAUGCUGUGAGUCCUCUCUGUUGUUGUAUCCAGACUACACACACACACACACACACACACACACACCUACCUCACACACAUGCACACACAAUCUGUUCAGCACUCAUCUUGGUUAUAUAUGUCACUGCCCAGAGACAAAAAAAGGCUGUUUUGCCAGGCUUUUCAUCUUGAUUUUAUUAGCCAUGGCUCUCUGAUGUUUAUCUAUCUUGUCUUCCUUGUUCUGAUAUUGUGUUCAUUUUGUUUGCUUUGAAUAAUAUUAAAGUCUAUUUUGUCUCUAUGUAAGUCUCUAUAUAAAAUUUAUUUGGAUAUAUAAAUCCAGUGCUUUCUGGCACCUCUUUUUUUUGUUGUUGUUGUUGUUAAAAAGUGUGGCCCUUACUGUAACAACUUCAUGGCGAGUACCAGCACCUAGUUUUCUUGGGGGGGGGGAGCACUGUAUAAAUCUAUAAAUCAUUAAUGAGGACGACGAUGACAAUUAUUCUGAAAGCCACAUCAGACAUUUUAUCAGAAAAUGAAAGUGGAAUGCAAAUGUCCAAAGAAGCAAAAUAAAAGCAGUGCCUGUCCAUGUGACUGCAUGACACCACUGUCUUGAGAAUGCACAGGCAGGCGCUGCUGAGUCUCUGUUGACUCCUUCUAAAAGGGACCAGAUCACGAGGCUACAGCUAAGUCAUAAUUUACCACUGCAAUCAGUAGGCGGAGGAAUGCUCCCAAGCGAGAUGCAUUCCUGGAGCCUCUGUCCAGUAAACCAAUGGGGUGGCUCUUUGCCAUCACUUCUGCAAAAUUUCAGAGAUAGCCAUGUUAUUUUUAAAAAAGCAAUUAUUAUUAUUGGAAUACAAUUUUGUUCAUUUGUCUGUGUUGCGGGAAAUAGUAAAUUGAAAUAAAUAGACCUUCCUGUGAUAAAGAGCAUUUUAAUCCCCCCAAAACGAUACAGAUUCACUUAGUGGGAAAAGGAAAGGAACUUUGAGUUGCUACAUAGCCAGCUUGACAUUUUUGAAAAGCCACAAAAGUUCAAAUAAACAUGUAAAAUCAACAGCAAAUGUGGAAUGCUGUGUGAGUGCUUCUGGAGGCAGUAUAUGGUAUAGGGUGUGCAAUGCACCUGCAUCUACAAUAUAGCGGUGGCUUAUGCUCAGACACAGGGCUUCCUUGGAGGGAUUUUCUUUGAUAUAUGACGCUGUUCUCCUAAAUUGUUAACCCUAAACAUACCAUAUUUUUCGUCCCAUAGGACGCACCGGCCCAAAACCAGGUCGGGGAUUCCAAACCAGGUCGGGGAACAACGGUAUGGUGGCGCUCCGCCUCCCCGCUGUCCCCCGAGCUUGUGGGGCUGCCCGAUGUCUGCCUGAAGCGCGGGGCGCUCUUCUUCAGCGCUCCCCGCGCUCCGUGCAGCAGGCUGCUAUCCGCAGCCUAGGGAGCCCUGCAGGAACUCCGGCAGGGCUCCCCAGGCUGUGGAUAUCUGCCCGGCGCGAGGGGUCUCUGCUUCAGGGCGCCCGCGCGCCGGGCAGCAGGCUGCUAUCCGCAGCCUAGGGGGCCCUGCAGGAACUCCCGCGGGCUCCCCAGGCUUGCUGAUAGCUUUCUGAAGCCUGGAGAGCGAGAGGGGUCGGUGCGCACCGACCCCUCUCUCUCUCCAAGCUUCAGCGAAAGCCUGUAUUCGCCCCAUAGGAUGCACACAGAUUUCCCCUUCAUUUUUGGAGGGGGAAAAGUGCGUCCUAUGGGGCGAAAAAUACGGUACUUACUGGGAAGUAAGCGCUGGUAAGUAAGCUCUUAGACUUCAGUAAUUUAGGAGAUCAAAAAUACUCCUUUUUGAGGAGGCAACUGUCUUGUAAGAUGGGACAUGGUGGAAAGACUCUGUGGUGAAAGACGAGAAGGCGUUUACAUCAAAAUGCUAUAAAUUGUAGUGUUGACUGUAUUGUGUGGGCACAUUCAUAUUUGGUUUAAUUAUCCAUAGGAUGUGCAGCAAUGUAUGCAUGUGUGUUACAUGCAGGCUUAAGCAAAAAAGCUAGCCCUAGUCUGCUCUUAUUCAUAGAGGGGGAAACUCUGUAUUUCAGAAGUCAUAGGCAGUAACUACACUGGCUAUCCUCUAGUAUCCAACAAAUGCAACCUAUUUCUAUUUAUUUAUGUAACAGCAGGACUAGAUGGAAGCUACAGCCAUUAUUUGGUUCACUGGUUACCAGUUUGCUUUCUGGCCCAAUUCAAUCUGCUGGUCUUGAUCUUUAAAACCUUAAAUGAUCUGAGACCAUCUAUAUGUACCUACCUGAAUACUUAAAUAAUCUUCAAAGGUCCAUGUGAUGUAUGGCGGGUGAAUACACAAGAUAGGUUUUUUCAGUCAAGGCAGGAUAUCUGAAAUGACCUGGAUCCAUCUGACCCUAUCACUGCUGACUUUCUCCUGCACCGCAAAUAAACAACUUCUUCCAUUGAGUGUUUGAUGUAGUACAGAACUCUGUAUGAAAGCUCUGCUGUUUUUGCACAAUUCUUCUGUACAGGCAUUUUUAUUAUAUAUUUUGAAAUAUAUAUAGUAAAUGUUUUAGGGUGCAAUCGAAACUCCCUCCUGCCCUGUAGCCAUAGUAGAAAGUGUUGGAAUAUGCCUGGGGGCACACGCAGCCCCCGGAAUGAGACAAACCUCUCCAGGCAUCUUACUGAUGCAGCGCAGCCGGGGACGUCCAUAAAUCUUCAGUCCCAGCACGCACCAGCGACACAUAUCAGAAGACUAUGUUCACACUCACUCAGCAGAGUAUAGCAGAAACAAAGUGGAGCUUUGGUGUGUGCAUUUUAAGUAUUUAUUAAGCAACAUAUAGUAAAAGCUAUGGUUUUCCCAGUAGUGUUGUAAGGAAGUGAAAGCUGGACCAUAAAGAAGGCUGAUCGCUGAAGAAUUGAUGCUUUUGAAUUAUGGUGCUGGAGGAGACUCUUGAGACUGCAAGAAGAUCAAACCUAUCUAUUCUGAAGGAAAUCAGCCCUGAGUGCUCACUGGAAGGACAGAUCCUGAAGCUGAGGCUCCAAUACUUUGGCCACCUCAUGAGAAGAGAAGACUCCCUGGAAAAGACCCUGAUGCUGGGAAAGAUGGAGGGCACAAGGAGAAGGGGACAACAGAGGAUGAGAUGGUUGGACAGUGUUCUCGAAGCUACGAACAUGAGUUUGACCAAACUGCGGAAGGCAGUGGAAGACAGGAGUGCCUGGUGUGCUCUGGUCCAUGGGGUCAUGAAGAGUCGGACACGACUAAACGACUAAACAACAACAACAAUACAGGACAAAGCAAUCAUGGCAUCCUCUCUCUUCUCCUCUGAGAGAGAGAGAGAGAGAAAGAAAAGUAAUACAAAAGUACAAUAGAGCGGAAGAGAUAAGACUAGCUUUCGUUUUCACACUUUCCAAGCCUGGAAAGUAAAUACAGAGAUGUGAUGUAACAAUCACACAUCCAACAACGGAGGAGUGAAAUGCUAACAGAAAGUGCAGGUCAGCAAGAUCCACACUGUCUAGGACCAGUCACAGAGACAGCUCCCACAAAGGCAGUGGGAUCAACUCAAGAUCCAGCAGAUCCCAAGCUAAUUCAGCUCUGCCGUUAGAAUACCCUAUGUCAGGGCUACCCUCUGGCUUUCCACAGCAUGGAUCCCACCGGUGGGUCUCCUGUCUCUCUGCCCAUUCAGUGCUGGGAAGAGGGAGGUUGUCACCAACAGAGUGGGGCUCAUGUUGCUCCAUCUUUGGCGGAAAGUGGGAGAUCAGCUGAGCCAAGAGAGCUGAACUGCAGGCUGACUCUGCCUAAUCCAGUCCCCUUCAAGUAAGGGAGGUGGAUUUAGAUUGCUCUGCUAUUCAAACAAUAUUUCUUAGCUGCCUUGGGGGGUGUUUUCUUGUUUUCUUUUUUUAAAAGGUGGGUUAUAAAAAUAAUUAUUUUAAUGUAUCCUCUGGCAGCAUAAUAUCUGUGAAGGUGAACAUAUAGAGAGCCAGUCUGUUGACACCAGUGCAAAAGUCCAGUCCCUGGUGACAUGGCUUCCUGUGACACAAUUGUGGCGAUGUGGCUGUGGGGAAGACAGCACAGUCUAAGUCAUGUUCAUCACAACAUGUAUAUUUCCAUUAUUUGUUUCCACCGAUUUCCCAUUUGCCAUGGAAAAACUGAUGUCUGUCUCCAAAAGAAGCUGCCCUUUUAUGCUAGAGUUCAGGUGUGUGUGUGUGUAAUGUUUCCUCCUUGCAUAAAAAUGAAAUGUGACAAAAGCACAUGGGAUACGAAUGGUUCGCAGGAAGCACGCUUAACACAUUCCUGUCCCAUGCUCUUACUUUGGCUUCCUUUCCUUUGCUCCUCUCCCUCUUUUCGCUCCUCCUUCAAGAAGAUAUGGUGGGUUGAAGCACUUCCCUUCUCCCAUUGUUAUUCAUGCAGUUAUCAUGCACUGGCUUGGUAUAAACGUGCAGUAUGAAUGGUCACCAAUAUGUAAUAGUACCUGAAAUACUCCACUAUUGACUUGACGUAUUCCUCCCCCCGCAUUUGUGAUACAUUGCCCAACAUGUUUAUAUCUUUCAAUAGGAAUGGGCUGAAUCCACAGCCUUUGAUUUUAAGGCACAACCUGGUCUGUGUUGGGUGAUAGUUGUUCCCAAGGACUAUAAACUGUAUCUGUGUGGCUUCAGGUUAAGCAAAGAGGCAGCAAGAGGGGGCAGGAAGGGGUUGUUUAACCUUUUCAUUCUCAGCUGUUUGUCCUCUAAUCACUCUACCCCAAGUUAUCCCAAGAGCUCUCUGUAAAAAUAAUAAUAAUAACCUAUUAGAGAGAAAAGCAGCUUAAGGGAGGGGGUGCUUUUGAGUGGAUAAAUUCCUUAAAUGAAAGGGUAUAACAGUUCCCUCUCUAGCCGACCCACAAUUACUUUAUCUAAGAAGAAACCCCUUGGGGGCGGGAAGGACAUAAAGGAAAUACGGGUCAUUAUUUAUUUUGUUUUAUUUUUGUUUUCAAUCUAAUUCGAAACCUGGAAUUCCCUACUGUCUGCUGCCAGCCACCCCUGCCAGCUCUCUAUCUCAUAUAUUUUUGGUCUUUGUGAACACUGAAAUUCUUAAUUUGAAAAUGUGAUGGCAAAAUAAUAAUGUGCUACAAGCAAGUUUAUAAGCACAUAGAAGCUAAAUAUAGCUGUGUUUUAACACCCACAAUUGCAAGCACAAAAUUAUUAUCAAGCUGAAGGUAACUGCAUUAGAACACUGCAGACUGAGGCUGCAAUCCUAAAACUGGGUUGGAGGUGGAGGGAGAGGAAGAAACAAAGGCUUGCCGAAUGCUCAUAUAUAAUGUUUUUUCCCGUUAGCAACAAUGAGAGUAGGGAUAUGGGAUAAAUUCAAUUCUGUUCACAUUUAAAGGCGAGCCGACCUGAUUUGCACCUUCCAAAACAAUGCACACACCCAAAUACAGCCAUCCUUCAAAAUUUGCACUUUUCCAGAUUUUGCAAUGCACGUCUACAGCCAAGGGAUAUGUAUAAAAAUGCAUAAGCUAGGGGAAAGUGCAUAAAAUGUAUGCAUUUGUGACAAUAACAUUCCAAAAUGUGUUAUAUUAGGAGGAAUGGCCUUUGCAAAAAUGAAUGCAUUAGGCAAACUCACUUACAAACAUCAUAUAUUCGGAGACAUUCCUUGAUGAAUUUUCACAAAGACUUCUUUUCCCCCCUUUUUUUAAAAAUGCAAACUGAUGUGGAAGUCCAAAUUUAAGACUGGAAAAAAUGAGAAAGUGAGAGGAACAUCCUUACAUGAGAGGGAAAUAAAGGAGAUGCAAGCUGUUCCCUGGUCCUCCCCCAGCAUGCCCCCAAUUUGCCCAGGCACAGCCAUUUCUGGGCCUUGCUGACAUAGGUCUGGCUUCUGACAUUCACUGAUCUCUCUCUCUGAAGUUAGUCAUCUUACUUUGCCCUGAUGCUUCCUGUGGUCACUGGGACAUCCUGGGUCUAAGAGCAUACAUUCUGUCACCCUUCAGUUCAUCAAGACAAUAUGCAUGUUGUAUCACUGCCAUGAGAAAUUGGGGUUCUCCAGCUCACAGUUAAUUUCCAAUGUGACCUUCAGGACCGAACAUGUUGUGGUGCGGGGGCAAUGGAUGGAACAGUAGCUCCACUCCAACCUUCCAAAGAUUGCCACUUAAAACUGCUGAGUUGUAUAAAGGUCAGAAAGUGACAUAAUGGACACUGCGGUGAUAGUAUUAAAGUUGCAUUAUAUGUCACAAUACAUCUGUAAAAAGAGAAGAUAAUAUAAAAAGAAUCCAGGAUGGGUUGGUUGUUUUUUUAAGUAACGCUACAGAGCUAUGAAAUGCUAUACUAAAACAUUACAAUGGCAAAGUGAGGAACACUAUAACACUCACAAUCUCCUGGAAUGCUGACAAGUAGCUUGAAAAUUCUGAACUGGAUCAUCGUAGAUGAUACAGAUGAUGUAAACCCUCUUGGGUGUCCUGAUUCACUUAAGGUACUUUAUUUGAAUAACUUCACAAGGCAUGAAAUAUGUAACUCCGGCUCAGAAAGCUCUACCACAAAAUGACAGUCCCAAGAAGCUGUUGCUUCAGGCAGCGUAUUCCACAGGGGAUGCUAUUUUCUUGUCUCUGGACUUCCUUUCUGUGUGUCACUUAAAAAGAAAACAGCACGGGAGGGAGCCAUUUUGAGAUUUUGCUUCAGGUGGGAAAACAUCCAAGGCCAAGACUUGCCUGCAGUUCAUUGCAGCUGGAUGAAUGAGCCUGGGCUGCGUACCUACCAUUAACUUAAAGCACCUUGCUUCUUUCAAAGAACCCUGGGAACUGUAGUUUGCCCCUUGCGGAGCCAUAGUUACCAGCACCCUUCACAAAAUUCUGUGAGGGACAAACUACAGCUUCCAUGAUUCUUUGGUGGGGGAAGCCAGGUGCUUUAAAUGUAUGGUGGGUAUGGAGCCAUGUUCCCAUAAGAAGUAUGGCAAAUGAGACACACACUACAGUUGCUGUCCAAUGAGGACAACUUCUUCUGAUGGAGUGGCUUCUUGCCAGGAAGUGUCAGGCUCCACUUCACUGCAGAGUUAAGGGAGAAAAGGGACAAAGGUGUGGUCAUGGAUUAACAGACAUAUAAAUUAAACACUUACAGUGGCAGGGAUGGCUGAGAUAUUACUGCUCUCAGUGAUACAAAAUAAUGGAAGAUCAUGUUUGCAUCUUGGUACCAUCUCCCAGUCGGGGCUGAGUGAUUGCUUCCAGGUUACCUGCUUAUACAGUAUGUCUCUUCCUUGUUUGCUUGCACAAAUUUUGUGGGAAACUUGUGUGAUGAUUGCUAUUCUCUGAGCUUUUGCUCUGAUUUGUUUGAUGUUGCGCCAAGCUAUGUUGAUCCCACACUUUCCAGUGCAUCUUCCAAUUACUUUCCCUACCCCAGAAGGUCCGAUUUGUUUGUUUAUUUAAAAGUAGGUUUGUUGCACAAGAACACCAAAUCCACUUUAAUUGCACAACCCGAAUUUGCCAGUGUGUGACCGAAUUGCCCUCACAAAAUUGCAACAUUCUGGAACCAGCAAGAUUUAGCGCUCUGAAACAGUAACAUUAAUGCUAUUACCAUCGUCAUUGCAAUGUGGGAAAUUCUGAACUGCAGGCUGGUAUUAUGAUGGUUCAUCAAACUGGCUUCAGAUUCUUCUUCUACUACUAUCUAGAAGCACCUUCACUGUUCUCAGUGCAGGUGGAUAGCACAUUUGCUGUUCUUAAAAUGGAACUGGGUCUCCCAGCCACAUUGUCGUCAUCCCCUUAUCUACACUGCGUGUUAAGUGAGGACAAGAGGAAGUCUAUGACGGUGGAAUGGCUGAUCAAACAGGAAAGGGUCUUUGGAAAGGAGCCACAGAUGAGAUGUACAUAGAAAUCCCAAGGGAGGAAGCUUCACAGCUGGUCCCAUGUCCUCCCCCUGCAGCUCAGAGUGUGGUGCUAAAAAGCAGGAGGCAUGGCAGUGAAGGUCAAUUGCCUUAUGUGCCUUUACUGAGAUGCUGGGUAAAAAGAAUAGAAUUGUACUGAAAGAACAUGAAAGCCUUUGUACUCCCAGGAGCGAGCACAUGUGCUCACUAGCAUUCUAGCUGCCAUUUCCAUCUUGUUAGUUAUAUGACUAUCUGAGUUGAUUCAGAACCUGGUUGUGUCACACAGGAUUGCUGGUGGAUGCGCCAUGAAUCUCAUAGCUUAUUUAAUAAAGGUUGGGGUCAGACUCAGAGCAGAGGUCCCCAGACUGCUAUGAUCCAUCUCUCUGAUGUAGCCUGAAAUGGCAUUGUUGACCAUUUCCUCCUUGCUUUCAUUCUCAAUAUUCUUCAGCAACUGCAAGCCAUUGGGACAGGUGUCACCAAUUUCUGUGCCACCACCUCUUCUUCCCUCUUUCCCUCCCUCAAACCACAGACAUCACCACAGCAUUGGCUUUUUGAAAACAAUAGUUGAGAUUAUUUUUUAAAGAUGGUUUUGAGAAAUACCGGGCCCUAGGAAGCUGUUAUGGAUCUCUGAUCACUUUUUACAAGUGCCACAUCAUGCUCAUUCCACUCCUGCGAGGAGCCUGUCAGGGAAGCUGUAGUGGCAAGUUGCCAGCACUGGCAGGGAUUUGGACUAGAGGACUCUAUGCCUCUCUCAGUUAGACAGCUAGUCUUCUUCAGUUUGUGCUGAGCCCAAGUUUCACACUGUCAAAUUUGUCGCAACUCAGUGGCUUCGCACUGGAAUCUCCCUGCAAAACUUUUUGUUGAUGUGUUGGUGAUUUUUAUAUUCUGCUGGAGGGUGUCCUGGAAGAGAAAGAAUGUCUUUGGAGGAAAUUUACAACGCAAUAUAGGCUUUCCCUUAAAGAAAUCUUUCUUUCUUCCCCUCCGUCUCACUGAAGAGCUUUAAAUUAGUAAUUCCAUUUCUCUGCUGCUGGUACAUUGAAGGGGUUGAACCACUGAUAAAAAUACCCUGGAAAGAUUCCAAGCAGCACAGAAGGCAAGAAAAUGAAAAACAUAUUAAAUGCAUAAAAGUUAGACAAGCUCUGAGUGGGUGGAAUCGGUGGCAGUAACAACCCACAGCAUACCUGGCAGCUCUGUAGAACAUCCUACUCUUUCUUUCUUUCUUUCUUUCUUUCUUUCUUUCUUUCUUUCUUUCUUUCUUCCCCCACCUCCCCAUCCCCACCACCAUGACAUUUUUAAGCAACAACACAUAAUUUAAACAAUGCUAACUUAAUUGAGAUUGUCCUGAGUCCUCAAACACUGAUGCAAGGAGGUGGAGUUGCAGAGGAUGUGUACAAAUUCCUCCAGCAACUAACCUCCCCUUCCCAGGACAAAACAAAAACAAUCUGCUCUCCUGGUCUCCACUUUUCAUCUCCAGCUGUCACAAGAGCUAAUUUAAAUAGCACUGAUGAUCCCAACAUGGAUUGGGGUGGGGAAUAUUUCUCAGUCUGAGAGACACAUUGCCACACACACUCACACACAUAGAAUCAGAAUGGUAGAGUUGGAAGGGACCACGUGGGUCGCAUCUAGUCCACCCAUUGCCAUGCAAGAAUCUUUUGCUCAAUGUGUGGCUUGCACCCAUGACCCUGGGAUUAAGAGUCUCAUGCUCUACCAACUGAGCUAUCCAGGCAGAAAUGCAUCUUUCCGUCCUGGCAAGCAAGAGGCAUUACCAUAGUUCAAGGACACAUUCUAGCCAGGCAAAAGCGCUUGAGGAAGACAUGGAGCAAUCUUGUGAAGGGUGUGGCUUGGUGGGCAGCCGGCCUAGGUCAGAGUCCCAAGGGCUGUAUAGAGAGACCUGGAGGGCCACAAUCCCGCCCCCCUGCCCUUCAGAUUUGUGGCUUCCCACCAGGGCUGUACAACCAAGUGAGUAAUGGGCUUCCUCAGGUCUCGCUAUCAUUCUUUCCUGACUUGCUCAUUUUGAGCCUUUGCUUCUCUUAAUCCACAACUAUGCUGUUCUCUCCUUGAUUCAGCUGUGGUGCUCUGGCAAGGUAGGAAAGGUAAACGUUCACAUUACUUUUCAAGGGUGUGUCAGGAGAAGGAAUCAUUGGGCAGCUGCCAAGGCCUGCUACUACCACAAGUUCUUUGCAAUCUCCUGUUGGUGAAACCUGCAUAUGAUUUAGUCUUUUGAAUGACCUCCUUCGUGUCUUUGCGUAUCAAGCUACCUCAUAGGAGGCAUGUCCAAUUUAUGCCAGUGUGGUGUAGUGGUUAAGAGUGGUAGAUUCAUAAUCUGGUCAACCGGGUUCACGUCUCUGCUCCUCCACAUGCAGCUGCUGGGUGACCUUGGGCUAGUCACACUUCUCUGAAGUCUCUCAGCCCCACUCACCUCACAGAGUGUUUGUUGUGGGGGAGGAAGGGAAAGGAGAAUGUUAGCCGCUUUGAGACUCCUUAGGGUAGUGAUAAAGCGGGAUAUCAAAUCCAAACUCUUCUUCUUCUGUUCUACAGUGGUACCUCAGGUUACAUACGCUUCAGGUUACAGACUCCGCUAACCCAGAAAUAGUGCUUCAGGUUAAGAACUUUCCUUCAGGAUGAGAACAGAAAUCGUGCUCCGGCGGUGCGGCAGCAGCAGGAGGCCCCAUUAGCUAAAGUGGUGCUUCAGGUUAAGAACAGAUUCAGGUUAAGUACGGACCUCCGGAACAAAUUAAGUACUUAACCCGAGGUAUCACUGUAUUUAUUCAUGCCUGUGAAUCUUUCUUUCGAAAAGAAUGUCUUUUUAUGGCACCCCUUUCUCCCCCUCUAAAUUUAGUAAGUGCCCUUACAGCGUAUAGUUCUGUGGAACUCUUGGUUAUUUACUAAUGGUCCCCCAGAGCCCCCUGGCCACCUUUUGGCAAUUUUCUCCUCCUUCUUUGAGGUUUUACCUUUGAAUAAACUCACUUGUUGGAGGCAAAUGCUGUUAAAACCUGUCAUGAAUGGAUUUGGCAAACUGCAGGUCAAAAGAAAAGGAAAGGAGAUGGAAAUACUUUAAAUUCCCAAGAAUAUCUCUCAUCACGCAAGCAUCAAAGGCGGUGGGUUAUUAUCUUUCCCAAUGCAUAAUCUAUGAGUACAUGUAGCAAUGGUGACAGCUAGAUGGACAAUGGAGAAGCCAGGCUUUGUUCUCAAAUGACUUGUGUAAAAUUAAGAGUUGUCAGACCUCUGGCUUCGGGGAAUGGCUAAGAAACAGCAUGUGCAUGGUGCAAGCAAAAGGUAUAUCUGCUUUAGUCAUCCUUUGUAGACACACCUGCAGUUCUUUUAUCGCUGCAAAUCCCAAAGUAUCUGUGAAUCUAUAGCUUUAUCUUGUCAAGAGGAGAAAAGAAAAGGCCACAUCCAGCCUACAACAUUAUCUAAUCUGUGUAUUAUUUUCUCCCUAGUAGUAACUAACAGCUUAUUAACUUGCACCUCAACAUAGCUUAGCCUGGCUUCUCCCCGCCAGCUCCCUGUUUUGUAUUGUGUAGAGCAAUUUAUAACUUCAUGCCUGGGCAAAUGAAAAUGGAGCUGGUGCCUGCUGACACAGCCCAGCUAUGCCAAUGGAAAGGCGAUAGGGGAAUGGUUCCAUAGGUUAGAAGACCCAGUUCUGAUCAUAGUUUUCUGUAACAAAUUUCCUGAACGAUCUUGGCGGUGUAAUAUUAUCAAAUCCCCAGUGGUUCCCUUAUACCAGAGGCUGAAAUAAUAAAAGGCUAUGAGAUCACAGAUAGAUGCCAGUGAAAUUCACAUGUAACAUUCACAAUGGAGGGAGUGCAUGCUCAUAGAACUGAACAAAGUUCUCUUGGAACCCCAACUUGGCUCGAGCCUUCUGUGGUGGGAAAACCUACUGGGUAGGGAUAAUGGGAUAGAAGAAUUCUCUUUAGUCCUGGUACGUUUCAUCCUAUCAGAAAAUUAUUGCAGUGAGAAGUUCAGGGUGUGUAUGGGGUAGUCAACACUGCUGGACUAUAACUCCCAUCAUCCCUGACCAUCAGCCGUGUUGGCUGGGGCUGAUGAGAGUUGUAGUCCAACAACAUCUGAAAGGUGCCAUGUUGACUACCCCUGUUUUAUGACCUGGCCAAGGAUGGGGUCUGACCAUUAUCUGGGGUAGUUGAGCUGCCUGGUUUUGCCUUGCCCACCAUUGACUUACUCAGACUCCUUCUCUCCUUGUGCUUUUCUCUUGAGAUGUGUGGCAUAGCAAGUUUCCUUCCCAAGCAAUCUCCUUGGACAGAUCUUGAAGCAGUCAGACCUGAAGAGUUUCAGAGCACCUGCUUAAUAUUACUAGAUUGGCUAGAAGAGAACAGGAGAGAUGAGGACCACCACACUUGCUAACAUUUCUAUUUAGUUUGCAAGAUGCAGGAUCAAUAUUCCACUGUUGGUGUCGGUUGCCCGAUACGUCUUUUUGUCAUUUGUUAAUUCUGUUUUCUAAGAGGUUCUAUUUGAUUUGCAGUUGAUGUUAGCCACCAUGGGGAUCUAUUAGAUGGAAGGGUGGACUACAAACAUAUAAACCAAUCAAUACGUUUUGUAUUAGUUCUGCCUUGCUGUCAGGAGUCAAUUGUUUCCUGUGAUUGUGUCUCUUUCUGCAGCAUGAAGUGGGAUUUCCUGUUGGUUGGUUCUAAACCAGCCAGUGUUUAAUGUGAGCAUCUCCUAUGGGAGCAAUAAGGAGAGGGGUCAGGAAGGAAUAUGUUUUCCAUAUUCUUUUGGAAACCUAAACACAUGACCACACCAUGUCUGCCGUGCACUCACUUUUCCUGUACACAAGUGCUAUCCAUGCAGUAAACUUGCCAUGUUUAAAGCAGUCAUUAGGGCAGAGCCACACCACACAUUAGUUCCCAUGAUUCUCUGGGGGAAGCAGAUGUGUCUUAAAUAUAUGGUGUAGAUCUGCCCUUAUAGAGCAUGAAGACUGCUUGAAGGUUUGUGUUAAAGCCCUAUGGUUACAGAAGUUCCAGGGGCAAUGGUUAUCUGAGUUUGGUUUCCCUCAGUCCAAGGGCCUGAUCCAGCUUCCAAGUAAACUUUCCCCCUCCGUAAUCCCAACAAUUCAGGCGGUGGUGUCAAAAAGAGAAAAUAAAUAAAACAGACACAUCAUGCUGUGAUUCCCUCAGUGUGUGUGCCCGCACACAAGGGUUUGCAAGUGAGAAUGGGGGUGGUCAAACACACUUGUGAUUUAUUUAUUUAUAUUUAUAUUCCACUUUCCCUCAAAGGAGCUCAAAGUGGCCAUAAUAAUUCUGUGGGGAUUGGCCCAUGGUGAGCCAGUGAGCUUCAUGGCUAAGUGAGGUUUUGAACCCUGGUCUCCCAGGUGUUAGUCUUCUAACUGCUACACCACACUGGUUUACAGCUUACUGCUCCAGGGAAGAGGCAGCGAAUGAAAUGAUUUAACCCCCUCAGUCCAUAUGAAAAUCCCCCACCCUCUCCCUACAUAUGCUGUUAACUUUUUAAAAACUUGACAGUGACAGGCUUCCUACUUACACCUUUAGUGUCACAUCUAGUAUGGUGCUAAAACUGCAGGUUGUUUUGUUUCUUUUCACUCAUAUCUUCCUGGCAUCAUUCUUAAAUGGGAAGCGUGCAAGGCAUGGCACAAAACAUCCAGGAACUUCCAGCUUUAUUUCCUUAGGAACUGAGAGAGAUCAUCUCCUGGCCACUUAGCUAGAAAUCUCCCCAACAAAAGGAAGGUAUAGGCAGACCUGCCCAGAAGUUUUGUCCAACUGAAGUGGCUCUUGUUACCCCAUUAUUAACCCCCUCCUGCUUAAACUUAAAACAACAGUUGAAUGAAUCUUUUGGGAUCGGCGAUGUCUGCAUGAAAUGUUUCAUGGAAGUUUUUUCCUCUCUUUGGAAAGAUUAAUAAUAAUAAUAAUAAUUUAUACCCUGCCCAUCUGGCUUGGUUUCCCAAAAAAGGCAUUUAAGCCAUAUUUGUAUUAUGAGAAUACUGAAUAAUGAGAGAAAAUGUCAGCCUUUUAUGAGAGCACAAAAAUCCCACCCUCCUAUCACAGUUCCACAUUUCUAUUUGCCAACGUUCUGCUUGGUUUGAGGGGAAUGGUGUAUAUAUAUAAAAUAGCUUUUUAAAUAGAUGCAGUUGUUUUAUAUGUGCUUUUAUUGUAUUGUGAAAUCACUCUGAGAUACAUCAUAGAAAGCAAUUCAUAAGUGAAGUUAAUCAUCAUUAUCACCCUGCAAUCUAUAAUUCAGGAUGUAGUAAAAGAGGGCAGCAACCAUUGCCAGGCACUGACUUUGCUCACCGCCAGCUAUGAACUUUGAGGGUAGACUUCAGUCACAGAACCCAAGACUUUGAGAUGCAAGUUCCAAGAUAUUAUGUGAUCCUUGGAGCACCUGAAGGAGAGACACAAUGCCCUGGCUUUCUUCUUUUUCUUUCCUUCAGUGGUCCUUAGAGUCUUCUUUCCUAUCCUCUGCUUCCUACCCUCCUAUCCUCUACAUUCACCCUUUCCCCUCUUCUCCCUCCUUUCAUUUUUAGUGAUAUGUUUGUGUGUGUAAAUCACUCUCUGUCUGUGCUAGGGUCCUACAUUCUCAUCAUAUUCCUUAUGAAGGAAGGAGCUGGUGCCCGUAUUAACGAAAGUGUUAAUUCUCCAUUAGCAACACUUCCUGCACUCAGAAUAAUCAGGGCACUUGCUGCAGUCAGAAUAAUCUAAUAUAGGGUACAUAUACACCAUACAGUUAAAGGCUAUGACUUCCCCCAAAGAAUCCUGGAAACUGUAGUUUCCCCCUCACAGACUGACAGUUUUCAGCACCCUUAACCAACUGCAGUCCCCAGGAUUCUUUGGGGGAAGUCAUCAGUAGAGCAUUUGACUCUUAAUUUCAGGGUCGUGGGUUCAAGCCCCAUGUUGGGCAAAAGAUUCCCAACUAGAUGAUCCUUGUGGUCCCUUCCAACUCUAUGACCUGUGUCCUUUAAAUGUGCUUGAAAGGUACGGUGUUUAUACAGCCUAUUUGUGGAAGGCAGGUUUUAACAUCAGUUCCCUUAUAUAGUGGUCAACCUAAUCAGAAAUAAUUGAAUAUGUCAUCUUCUGCUCAAAGAAACUUCACAGGACCCUCACUUCUUGUUGUUGUUUAGUCGUUUAGUUGUGUCCAACUCUUCAUGACCCCGUGGACGCCAGGCACUCCUGUCUUCCACUGCCUCCUGCAGUUUGGUCAAACUCAUGUUCGUAGUUUCGAGAACACUGUCCAACCAGCUCGUCCUCUGUCGUCCCCUUCUCCUCGUGCCCUCCAUCUUUCCCAACAUCAGGGUCUUUUCCAGGGAGUCUUCUCUUCAUAAUUCAAAAUUAUGGUGCUGAAUUUGAAUUAAGGACCCUCACUAGAAACGGCAAAAUCCCCGACAAGUAGCAUGAUUCUGACCCCAGCUGUGAGCCCAAAAGCCUAAAGGGGAACUGGGAGAAUCCUUUGCCUGGGCAAGCCAUCCUGCUUCCCCCUUGUGCCACCGUCCUCAGUAGGAAUGUCAGCGGUUGGCCUGUAAACUUUUUAUAACUGCCCUUUGUUUCUGAUGUUUCCUCUUGCCAGAUGUAUGAAAUCAUGGGAGUUUCAGAAAAGUUGCUCAUAGGAAAUGGCUCACCCAAAGAAAAUGCAUUCUGUGUCCUUCCACAUCCUUUCUGGAACGUUGCUAAUAGCCACUUAUGCCAUGACCCAUGGCCAGACAGUUUUUAAAAGCUGGCAGCUCCCCACCUCCCCUAGACAGUUAAGGUGAGUUAGGAGGAACCCAAGCGGCCUAUAUUUCAUGCUUUUAUGAGAUGCUAAGUGGACUCUGUUCUAGGAAGCCGUUGGCUAAUUAGCUUGAAUCCCUGAUUGGUUAGGAAUCAUACGAAAGGCCCCAAAUGAUGCAAAUUUAUUAUCGGAGGCUGCCAUCUUGUGUUUAAGUUCAAACAAAAUUAUUAGGCCGGCACUGUGCAUCUGCUGUGCAAGAGGUGAGCCUCCCGCAGUGUUCAGAGACAACAGUUUAUUUUUCUAAUUUUUGUGAUAACCCGGCUCAUUGUGCUUAGCCAAGCCUCUGUAGAAAAGGGGAGAUCUGUGAGACAGUUUCGAGCUGGCCAACUUCCUGCUUGGAGCAUGUUUGUACAGGGUGUUUUAAACCAAGUGAACUGCAACCUGAAACCAUUUGAAGUCUUUCAAUAAAUUCCUUUUGCAUGCAGUCAUUUACAAUCACAAAGCAAAGCUGCGUACAAAACAGGGACACAAUCUCCCAGUGACUUUUUUCCUUGCAAAAAUUGAUCUUGAAAAUAAAGAGAGUAGAAUGCCUGGGAUUUUUCCAUUGUAAAAAAAAAAGGGGGGGGGAGAGCAUUAGAAUGUCUUUGCUGGAAGGCAGUUAUACACAUAUGCACUGGUCCUGGGAGCAGGGACUUGAGGUGUGAGGGAAGGUCCACAUAAUUCACUAAGGAGAGUGAAAAAAUUGUAUGCAAGGUUGGGAUGGGGAAAUAGUUCCCAAUUCUUGCAAUCAAUGAUUAACUUCCAAGCCCUCCCAAAUAAUGGGAUGACUGCCCACUCUGUUGUAUGUCUGCUUUAAUUACAUUAAACUUCAUUGAUAGGAAAGGCCAGAAUAGCUUCAAUUUACUUUGGUUGGCAUUUACCUGAAAAUCAUAUGUAUGCUGUCCUGUGGACCCUUGCUCUAUAUCUGAUAUAUUUAUAAGACAGAUUUUAAGGCUGGGUACCUGAUAUAUAGUAGGAAUACAUAAACCAUCCACAUAGUGCUUAAGUUGAAUUUUCUGAAAAGUGGAAGGAAAACAAUGUGGACUGUUAUUGUUGCUCUCGUUGUUGCUGCUCUUGUUUGUUGCUUUCAUUAUUCCUUCUCAAACCCAUUUAGAAACCCAGUCCCCCAAAGUUCUAAACAGUGAUACAGAGUGAUCCGAAGUGCACUUGAAAAACACCCCAGCAUUUUCUGCCCUCUGACACAGUGGGUCACGGUGAAGUCUACAGUAUUAUGAAGAGCAUCAUCAAAACCCAGUAUUUCUGUAGGGUUACCAGAUGUCCCCAGUUUCCAGGGACGGUCCCCGGAUUUGCAAAUCUGUCCCUGGACAAAUUCUGUCCCUGGAAUGUCCCUAGAUUUGCAAAUCUGUCCCUGGGAAACGUGGCCGCGGCAGCCUCAGCAGCCCAGAGCCAGUCUGGUAGCGCAGUUGGCUCUGGCUGGCUUCAGGAGCUGCUCGCUGCCGUGGCGCCCACCAUUUUUCCUCGCCGGAAGUCCCCAUAUGAUGUGUCUUGUGCUCUGGGCUGCUGACUGCCGCUGCCACCACCACUGCCAAAGGGGAACCGGGGGCGUCCGGCGGUACAGAUCUCCUGUGCCCUUCCCCCUUUGUUUUGACUGAUUGGGAGAGGCUUGGGAGUUGCCCAGUUUUUUAAAAAAACUCUGCGCAUUUGUUCCUCAGGGUGUGAAAUAAGGGCUUUGCACCUUUAUACAAUAUGCAUGUGUGCUUAGACCCAGGGUCUUUUGCCUCACCAUCCCCACUACUGACUCCCUGUUGCUACUCAGCUUCAAAAAAUAAAAUUAAAAAAAAUGUCCCCAGAUUCAUUGAAAAAAAAUCUGGUAACCAUAGGAUAGGGGAAAGGGCUUCUGUAUUCUAAACAACUAUUUUUGCCACCUGCAGCAUAACUAGCAAUCGUUCUGCAGGAAUGAAGAAGGCUGCCUCCAGGCUGCCAGUAUUUUAUGGGAUUCAACUGCAUACCAGAAAUUUAGGCUAGAGCAAUUAAAGUGAGUUAAAAGCACUCUCUUGCCCUAGUGCAACGAAUCUUGCUGUUGUCCCCUAGCAACUGGUAUUCAGAGUGUACAACAGGGUACUGCUGUCCACUUUUUAUUAUUAAUAGCAAUAAUUAUGCAGCUAUUACUGGCAUUUAAAACAAUGACAACCAUAUUCAUUUUGGCCAACUAUGACUAGUAUGUCACUUUUUAAUUUUAUGUUAUGAUUACAACUUAGUGUCAAUGGCAGUUAUCUGCCGAAAUACAUGAGCAUAUAAAAAAAAGUCUUGACAACUAUUUACUUUUGUGGCUUGUGAUUUUGUUGGCUUUGAGUUACUGCUUUCUGUAUAUGCUUUACGGGUGCUUUUUUCUGGGUUAUGACCAACAAGUUUUAGUUUAAUCAUAUUCCAGUUGGGUGGAUGUGUAGUAUGUAUGUGUGUUUUCUGGGACUCUUUGAUUCUUGAGUUAACACUGUUCUCUGUAUCCUUUCUCUUCCUCAGGUGUUUCAAGAAGUGCCAGCCUUUCUGAGAAAGAGCUGAAGGAAGCGAAAGCCAGGAGCCAGAGAAUUGCUGCUCAGCUGACAACCCCACCCAGCUCCAACUCCAAAGGGGUCCUUCUGUUUCACCGGCGCAAGCAGCGGGUGAAUGCUUUUACCUUAGAAGCCCCCAAGACAACAAGCGCGAAGCAAGCAGGGGCCGAACACAUCCCCAGAGCUACUCCUAAGCACCAAAGCAGCCCAAGACAUGGGAAAGAGCCCCAUUUGAAGCAGGCCUCAAUAGACAUCAGAGCAUCGGAAGGAUUAUCCCGUGCCAAGAACUCUGAGUUGCGGGGGCAAAAAGGCAGCAUGGAAAAAUACCAGAAAAGCCUGGCUCUGGAGCAGACUCUAGAUAACACACAGGGCUCUCAAAGGCAUAAAAUAAGAAGUGAGGAGGCCAUUUCCACAAUCCACACCACGUUGUCCUCUGAGGAAAUCCCGGCUGAAGACUUUGAGCAAAUCCCUCUCAGCGUGUACCUGAAGGAAACUACGGGGACAGCCUCCACCAAUGGAAUGCAUGAACUUAUCGCCAACGAGUUUGAAAAGGCACUAGUUACUGAGCAAGUGCCAGUUGUUGACAAUACGGAAAAAAUAUUGCCUAUUUUUGAUGCUGUCCCUGUCGCUGACAGGGAGAAUAACAGCACCAUUCUUGAACAGGCGCCAUGCGUACUGCAUACAGACAGGGAAAACAAUGUUCUCGAUAAAGAACCAUAUUUGCCAAAUAUUGACAGCAAGAAUAACAACAACAACAUCCCUGACAAGGUGCUGUAUGCACCUGUUCUCGAUCAGGAAAACAAUAUUUUUCUUGACAAGCCAAUGAGUGAACCAGUGAUUGACAGGAAGGAGAACGGAGAGAUUCUUAACAAGGAGCCGGAUGUACCAAUCAUUGAGGACAAGGACGUUUUGCCUGCUGCUGAGGAAGAGAAACCCAUGCUAGCUACCGACACGCAGCCCAGCGAGACUGUGACACACACUAAUAAGCAGUACUGUGAAGUACGCCUGACUUUGUCUAAGCCGUUGCCUGUGAAGAACCGAACUGCAAGACCAUUUGGGACUCGACUGCUGGCUGCAGCUCAGGCACCAGCAGAGAAGAGUCCUGUGGCUGAGUUUCCUCCUCCACCUACUUAUGCAGAGACGUUUUCCAGCCCUCCGCCAGUAACGAGGGUCAGGUCACCUCCGGCCUACUCAGCGCUGUAUCCUACUGAAGAGCACAAAGCUCCUGUUCCCCAUGAGGUUACGUAUGUGGACAGCAGACCAGGACCUCUUCCUGAAGGAGAGGACAGGGAGUCACCAGCAACCAAAACAGGCCUUCUGGAGGAGUCCGUAGCCCGCAGAGCAACAAAGAAGUCCAUGUUCACCUUUGUCGAGAAGCCCAAAGUGGCUCCUAAUCCAGAUCUCUUGAAUUUAGUCCAGAGAGCAGAUAACAGGAAAAAGGGGAGAGGACAAGGAGGAGCAUCCAGUCUGGAAGAGGAGCCAUUUGCUCUGGGCGCGGAGGCCUCUAACUUCCUGCCUGAAAACAGAUCAAUAGAAGGACCAGCCCAGGCUCCUGCAGAUAAUGCCCCAGAGUGGUCUUCGUGUUUAAGGUCACCAACAAUACAACCCAAGCCGAUGAUCAAAUCCAACCAAAGCCUAUCAGAGGCGAGAGGAAAGGGGGCAGAACUAUUUGCCAGAAGGCAGUCGAGGAUGCAGAAGUAUGUCAUUGAGUCUCCAUCGCACCCAGACAUAGGCAGGUCACCUUCUCCUACCAUGUCCCUCCCUCCCUCCUGGAAAUACGCUUCAGAAACUCAUCUCUCCCCAGUCACAUUCCAGGCCCCUCCCAAAAGCCCAGCCAGAUCUCCCAAAGCUCCUCCUCCGCCUUUGUACAACAGCAACAUGUCGGAGAGCGAGAUUUCCAAAAAGGAGCUGGAGAUCUCCAAGCAGCAGCCUUACCAGCUUCAGUCCUCCUUGUUCAUCCUUUCCCCAGCCAAAGACCCCGUGAGGUCCUUACCAAAAGGGGCACCGCCGCCCAAGCCUGUGGUUGCUGAGCCCAUGUAUAUGAGACAGGCCUCUUGCCCAACAUCUCCCUUGCCUCCUUCUCCUGUUUUUCAUCCACUUGCCCAGUUCAGCCAGGGCAGACCAUAUCCUGCUCCUUUCGCCCCGUCACCCGGGACUUCGCUUGCCCCUCAGAAUGUCCAGACAAGCAUGGAAGCAUCGCAGGAGCCGCCUUUUGAAUACCCUUCCAGAAUUUUGUCGCCGAGAGCAAAAGGAGUCUUCCAAGCUCCAAGGCCUUCUUAUUCCACCAAGAAUGCUGGAAUUGAGCCUCAGGUGUGGAGACCUUUUUACUACAAGUAAUGGUAUCUGUACAGGGGUUUGGGCAAAUGGCCAGUGUCAUCGUUAGCUGCUGAUUGGUGGUAUGCAAAAAAAAGGCAAAAAAAGCAAAAUGAAGACAGCUUGCAGGUUACAAAUCCAAUAGGAUUUGCAUACAAUAUAGCCGUAUCUCAAACUCCAAUGGGCCAGACAACGUUUACACUAAGGAAACUGAGCUCAAGUGAGCAGACAGGUGCUCCCCUCAGGCAUUUCUGCAGCUAAGGUCUGCGAUGGAAGCCCAGUUUAACAUAAUCCUGGGAUGCCUUGGCUGUCCUAGCAGAACUUGUGCAAUCGGAUCCAUACAUUUGUGCAGAUUUAAGUUCCAAAGGGAGCUAAAGAGUGUGUGAAUGCAGUGACCAGUAGGAGCAUAAAAGUAGUCCAAGCAUAGGAGUCCUAGAAGAUUGUUAGCAGAAGCUUGACUGAAACAGGAGGAGCGUCUGGUGCCUUCUUUCUUCUGCUGCCCAGAAACUUUAUGGAGCAUCAAAUCUCUGGCUUCAUCUCUCCGCCUUGCCUUCUGAAUUUCUUCCUUGCUCUGCAAGACUUUUGUUUCUCUGUUCUCUAUGCAUCCGGAGACUUUAGCAUGACCUGCUUGCAACCUCUACUCUCUGCUGAUGCCAAAAGGCACGUGCUCCUUUCCCCACUCGAACAUCUUUGAUUUCGGACAAUGUCACUUCCACUGAUACCUGUUUCUGCUUCCCAUAUGUUUCUGCUUUGUAUAUUUCCCCACUCUCUACUUUUCUUUCGUUGUCUCCUUUAGACAACAACACUGAGAAUCACUUCAGGGUGAAGAGAAGAUGCAAACAGCCUCUAAGCACCCCAUUUGUACUGCACAGCAAUGCUGAUGUACUUACCCUGUUUUGCUGAUCUGGAAAGCCACACACUAGCCAGCCCACCCCACCCAUCAUGAAGGGUCUAGGCUAAAGACGCACUUGAAAUUAUUCCUUUGGUGGCCAAAGAGGUUUUUGCAGGUGUGCUGCUGUUAUCUUACACAAAGAAAUCUGUACCCAGACAUAUUUAGGAUAAUAUUCUUAUUAAAGUUGGCAAAAGCAGGCUUCUAAACAACUGUGGCACAGGCAUACAUAUAGCUCAGUGCCACUGUUUAGCCCUGGGUGAAUAUCAUAGUGAAGUUUUAUACAGCAAACAAUAGGAUGAUUGUGAAGAUUGAAUAUCAGUAGCAUUUCUCAAAGUGACUCUGCAGUUGUCCCACAGCAGAGGCAAAAUUGUCCACCCUAGCAAAUACUAACAGAAAUCAGGGGUGUACGGGAUAUGAUCCCAAGGUGCAGUAUCUUCUGCAUAAAAAUGUGAUUGUUUAAUUGUUUAGUUUUAACAAAUAUGUUUCUGGCCCUCAUGGCUGUUGGACGAGGGCAGAGGAAGCACAGAAUGUGCUCUGAAAAGACCAGAAGGCAAAUAAAGCAAACCUCAAAGUAUCUCUUUUAAUUUUACUGCUCUUUCAUUACCUCCCAUGGAUUUGAUUAAGAGUACUGAGUAUUUGGGGCUGACAACACCACCAACACACUGGUCAAAAAGAAGUUUAGGUACUUUCUGCAUUUCUGUACUUCCCAAUAACUGAAGUUCUACAGGUGGUUUAUUUCUCCUGGGAUUUGGAUAGUAAGGAACACCCGCCCCCCGCCCCCCCACAAAGGCUAGAGGCCGGCAGUGUUUUACUUCCACACAGACUUUGAAGUCAGCUAUGCAGGUCUUUCAGCAUACCAUCGUCCAUGGGGGUCUAUGGUCUGGUAUUGUGCAGAGUAAUCAAGCACCUGUCAUUUUCUUUCAAAAGAGACACACCAGGCACUACAUAAUACAGCUGACAACCUGGGGUAGCAUUAAGACCACAAGGAGCCAUGCAUUAGUUGCAAAACUGAGAGGCCAAUAAAGUCCUGCAUACAGAACGUACAAGUGGAUUUCAUUUGUUCAUUAAUUUUGGCAUUAAGAAGUGUCUCUUGAAGGAAGCUAACUACAGACUGCCCUUUGAGAAUAGACAAGCGCCAUAAAACCAGGUGCUCAUGUUGAGCAACCAAACCUCCAUUAAAUCUAACGUGUAGUACUUUAUAGUCAGUCUCUCCCCAGUCCCAUGACAGUUUGGAUCAACCAGCUCAAAUAAAUUUAAAAAGUAGAUGCAGUGUAUUUACUCAACCCAUUGCCAUGAAAGGACACAAUCUAGUUCUCUCUCUGUCUCUCUCUGUCUCUGUCUUUUCUUUGUGAUCCCACAAGGCUGCCAGACAAAUCCUUCUGUGAGGAUAUAACUGAAGGGAGUUAAAAAAAUCAAGCAUUUCCAGAAUCACCAAUCAGACACGUGAGCCAACAACCUCCAUUGGCUGGUUGCACUAAAUGCAAAUCCCACAUGACAGUGUUUGUUCAGUUCCACAUCUUCACCCCUGGCCAAAAUUAGUACCGUGCAUCAAAGCUUCAUACAAGUGAAAAUUCCCAUUACAAGCUUGAGCCCUGGGUUUGGCUCCAGACUCAGUCAUACUAAGAGUGGGCCCAUUGAAACCAGUAGCUAAUUUUUAAGUCCAUUGAUUUCAAGGGGUCUCCUCGAAGCAGGACUAAAAUCUGGAUUCAGCCCUAGAGUCGAGUGCGCCAAUUGCUGUAGGCUACAUUCCAGCAGAGCUAACUAGCUGGCAAUUGUAGGCCAUGUCCCCAGUAGGAGAACAUAUGGAGAAGCUCUGUAAUUCUAGGGAAUUUAUAGGGCAAAUGCCUGUGGAGGAGCAGUAGACAUAGGUUGGAGAAGAUGGGAUAGUUACAGGGAUGGCAGGAAAAUUACAGGAUAAGUGCUAUGGGAUAGCUGGGUAUUUAUAGAGCAAAGGCUUCUGCCAUCAACUCUGAAGUUACAUGUCCACAUAGGGUACUGCUGUUUAUGGCCACAGAUAUCUGCAGUGUAGUUCAGGUAUAGCAGUCUUUUUUACCAUUUCCUUCAGAAAUGUCUGACAGAAUCCUUGGGGAUUUAGUUAAGAUGGAAGCCUUUAUGCAUACUUGUGCAGAUCUCUAGCCAGUUUGAUAGACGUUUCCACCAAUGUUGACAAUUGAGUUUAUUUAUAAAAGUAUUUCUGCCCUGCCACGUCAUAAAAUUCCAGGGAGGUGCUCAAUGAUAAACCAUAAAACACCAUUAAAUGAAAUUGCAUGGAAAUUGUAUUGAUCUGAUGAGGGGCAAGUAAGGCCCUCUUCACCUCCAUCCCAAUUGCAUUUCAAUAAAAUGAAAACACAUGCCCUGUCAGAGGAGACCAAACCAUUGCUAAGCUCUUCUGCCUUUUAAGUGUUGCAGCCUCUUCAGAAGAGAAAAACAAAACUUGGCACUGUCCAUUUGCAGGUGUUCAGGUGUGCACAUACUAGAUUUCUCAUAGUCUAGUGAUGAAGAAAUAAAAGACUGCUGUGUGUGACACAAACAAUAUUCCCUGUAAAGGCAUUUUAAAUGGUUCCACACAGCACAGGAGUUUGUUUUUGUUUUUUUAAACUUUCUGGUCAAGUCUGGAGAAAGUCAGACAUUUGCAGGAGCAAUGCUAUAUUCACCACGGGAUGUUACCCAUCUUUAGAGAAAGUGAGGGGGAAUUUUGGUCUGGUUCACCAUUUUAUGCAAACCCGCCUAAUUUGCACGUCCCAGAACAAUACGAGAAUCAAAAUAUGCUUCCGAGUUUGCACUUCGUGAAUUUUGCAAUGCAGUUCAACAACAACAUGUGCAAGCAUUAUGGGAAAGCGUGAAUAAAAAUGCAUAUGUUAGUGAGGGUAACAUACAAAAAUGCAUUAUAUUAGACAAGCCUGCAUUCAUAAAUUUCUAUAUUAGGAGAAACGGGUGCUUAAGAUGUUGAUGGAUUUUCAUGAGAACUUUAUUAUUAUUAUUAUUAAUGCAGAACUGAGCUUAAAGAUUGCGGAGAAGUAAAUUAAAAUUGGAAACUGAGAGGAAUCAAGAUAGAUUCAUUCAUUCCUACCCACCACAGAGCUGCCUUCAUUCAUGCUAGAGGUGGCCAUAUAAAUACCGUAUUUUUCGCUCUAUAGGACGCACCUUGUUUUAGAACAAGGAAAAAAAAUUCUCCCCCUCUCUGCGUAGCGCCCCUUCAGCGGAGCAGCAGGAGAAACGGAGCCCCUUCCAAGGUGCGUUCAGUGCGUUCAAUGUGCGUUCAGUCACCUUCAGUGAAGGCAACCCGAAGCCUCCGGAGCGCAGCGGGAGUUCCCGCUGUGCUCCAGAGGCUUCGGGUUCCUUUCAACCUUCUCUUUGGGGCUGGCGGAGGAAAGCUGCUUUCCCCCACCGCCAGCCCCAAAGAGCAGGUCGGGGAGCAGUGCAAAGGCUGUGCGCAGCCUUCCCGCUGCUCCCCGAGCUUGUGGGGCUGGCAGUGGGGAAAACCUGGGUUCCCCCCCCAGCCCCAUGGACCACACAUUCGCUCCAUAAGACGCACAUACAUUUCCCCUUAGAUUUUAAGAGGGGAAAAGUGCGUUUUAUGGAGCAAAAAAUACGGUAGGUCAUGCUUAUAGGAUCUUCUUCUUCAGUCAUGUAGCCCUGGGGAAAUACAGAACUUUGCAGUUAUAUUACCUCCAAAGUUGCUGGCCAGUGCAGCAAUGUCAGGAAGCUCAGAACCUGAGCUUUUUGCUACUGGGGCACCUGGGUGAGAUUCCAGCAGCAUAAAUCUGGAGGGGUUUACAGUCUCUUCCUGAGGAAGGGAUGGGAGAGUGACCAAAGUCUGCCUUGUAACAAAAGGCCAUCGAAGGCAACGCCCUGUGAAACAAAGCAGCAAGGAAACAUUCCUCAGCUCACUGCCUUCCCUCUGCUGCUGAGCAGUUGGGUUUUUAAAGUGUAAUGGAAACUUUUAGGAUAAGAUUGCAAGAUGCCUGAGUUAGGCUAGAGCAAAAACUAGGAGCAGGUUUCUCUUUCACUAGGCUAACACAUCUACUGAGGGAAGUGGGUUUUAUUUUUAUUUAUAAACCACUCUACAUUUUUACAUAGCAUUAAAAAAAAACCCCAUAAGCUCGCAUUGCACUGAGGCUUUUCUUCCGAAUCAGCCUAAGUAUUGUGUUCCAACCACAUUUUAGCCUUUGCCCGGUGUACACCCACAGCCGCAAAGGCCUGGCAUCCCAGCUGCACAUAAUAGAGCAGAUGGGGCGGGAUAGACUUGCCUCUGUUGGUCCCCUUUAAAAAAAGAAAGUUUGCCUGUGCGCUCCAGCACAGGUAAGAGGGAAUGCACAACCUCAAAAAGAAUGGAUUAAAAACCCCCAAACAAAACAGAGGGUUUGCAAAAUGACAGGGUGUUGCUGCAGAGAAAUGGGAGUAGCCCUGCUGAGAUUCAGCACUCCCAUGAAAAAUAAAUGUGGCUGGAUGAAGUUUCUGUACUGAAACCGUACAGUGCCCUGCCUCCAAGGUAAACAAGCACAACAGAGAGUCCUGUUCAGUACUGCUACCACCUUUGCCAUCACCACACAAAGUGAAUGACUGAAGGCUUUUCCUCUCCUUCACCCGCUUUCCCCCAAAGCAGUGGCAGUGAUGGCAAUGGUAGUAUUAGGGAGAACUAACUAGGUCAGAGGUGGGGAACCUGAGGUCCAGGAAGCAAAUGUGGCUUCCUAAGCACUUCCUACACUCUUGGGUGUAGCCCCAUGCCAGGCCUCCUCCCAAGUCACAGUUCUUCUCCACAUUCUCCUCCAGGGCUUUUGCCCAGCUGGAGUGUGCCCUUGAAUGGUAUUGACAAGGGCUCUUGUUGCCUGGAUAAGGGAUAUGGGAGGGGGGAAUUUUGAUUCAGUUCCUAUUGAAAGGUCAGCCUACCUUCUUUGCACAAGUUUUCAGAACAGUACAGUGGUACCUCAGGUUACAGAUGCUUCAGGUUACAGACUCCGCUAACCCAGAAAUAGUACCUCAGGUUAAGAACUUUGCUUCAGGAUGAGAACAGAAAUCGCGGCGUGGCAGCAGCGGGAGGUCCCAUUAGCUAAAGUGGUACCUCAAGUUAAGAACAGUUUCAGGUUAAGAACGGACCUCCAGAACGAAUUAAGUUCUUAACCCGAGGUACCACUGUACUGAAAUACAACCAAUCUUCAAAAUCUGCAGUUCCUCCAAAUUUUGUAAUGGGGUUUUUCAGCCAAGUAAUGUAUACCCCCCCAAAAUGUGACUGCUAGAUUAAAGUGUACCUAAAAAUGCAUGGACUUAACCAUCCAGGGGUCCUUUACCUUUACCUUGUAUAUUAUUAGUAAUAAUAACAUUUAAAAGUAUUAUAUUAGGGGAAAUUGUUUUGCCAAAAUCUGUACACUGGCAAAAUUGCAUACAAACCAUCUUCUUAUACUGGGAGAAAUACGCUGAUGAAUUUACAUGAGGAUUUUUUUAAAAUCGCAAAACUGACAUGGAAACUUGGAGAACUGAAUUGUAAGAUUGGAAAUAUGUGAAAAUGAGGCUGUAUACAUGCUAUACCUUUAAAGCACAUGGGUGUUCAUGGGUGCUAUCUUUGUGACCCCUUGGGCCACUGUUUUGGGUCUUCUUAGACAGUGCCUAUGGGAGGUGACUGCAAAAUGCAUCUGGUUUGGCAGAUGCUUCAUGUCUAAACUUCUUCUGUUUGGCCGCAUCUAGAUCCCCUUCCCUUUGCUGAAACAUCAUCGCAACAGUGGAGAGGGAACAGAGCCUCCAUAGACAAUAGGGUACUGGAAGCAAAGGAAAUUUAAGCACUCUUUCCAAUAGUUUCUGCUGUGAUGAAGUUAUGGGUGGGAUACAGAGCAUGAACUAAACCUCUGUAAUCCUUGGCACAGAAAUGUAAGCAAACCACUUAUUUUCAUGUGUCAGCAUUUCCGCUAGCGGCAGACAGUGAAAUGGUUGGUAGCGGGGGAACACACUGAGGAAAUGAAAGAGGUUCAUGCAGUGGAUAGGAAGAACAAAGAAAGGGAGAGAAAGAGAGGGAGAGGGAGAUUCUACUUCUCUUUGUAAUGUUUGUUGCCCAACUGCUGAUAUGACUUGGAAAAUCACAUAAAGCAUCUGAAGCACCUUUCUUAUACAGUGGUAAAAGGUAAAGGGACCCCUGACCAUUAGGUCCAGUCGUGGCCGACUCUAGGGUUGCAGCACUCAUCUCACUUUAUUGGCCGAGGGAGCCUGCGUACAGCUUCCGGAUCAUGUGGCCAGCAUGACUAAGCCGCUUCUGGCGAACCAGAACAGCGCACGGAAAUGCCAUUUACCUUCCCGCCAGAGCAGUACCUAUUUAUCUACUUGCACUUUGACAUGCUUUCGAACUGCUAGGUUGGCAGGAUAUACAGUGGUACCUCGGGUUAAUAACUUAAUUCGUUCUGGAGGUCUGUUCAUAACCUGAAAGUGUUCUUAACCUGAAGCACCACUUUAGCUAAUGGGGCCUCCUGCUGCCGCCUGAAGCUUCAUCCUGAAGCAAAGUUCUUAACCUGAGGUACUAUUUCUGGGUUAGCGGAGUCUGUAACCUGAAGCGUCUGUAACCCGAGGUUCCACUGCAGUUUGGAGUGUUUCUGUAGGCUGGCAGGGUCAUAGAUCAGUAGCUAGGACACAUGCUUUGAAUGCAGAAGGUCACAGGUUGAAUCCCUUGCCACUCUAGGCAGGGCUAGGAAGGACCUCUAUCUGGAACCCUAGAAAGCCUCUGGCUGUCCUGUAGACAAUAUGAGCCAUUUGGAUCAGUGAUCUGACCCAGUAUAAUGUCUCAAUAACCGUGACGUCAGUCAUUGAAGGGAUCACACAAUUGUUGUCAGACUCAGCACCACCCCACCUGUGAUCCAUCAUGGCCUUAUACUGCUUAUUCUAUCGCUAGUUGUCCCAAAACUGCAAGUGCUAUUUGCAGUGCUUGUUUUGUGACAGUACUCACUGGUACAAAGUACUCUCACCUUCCUGCCUGCCUUUUGCUGCCCAUGGCAACCAUUUUGUGCUGGUACCCACAACACGUUUAUCAAGAUACAAGUACCACCAGCCCCUUGGUUUUUGUGUGUGUUGGUUAGUUUCUUUUUUAAAAAAACAAAGAACCACUUGCCAUUCUUCUACAUAAAUGAGAGGAACAACACACUCAUUAAUGAAUUUCACUUCUCCCGAUCUGGGUUCAUACACUAAACUGGGUCAGCCGCACUAGUACCCCUAGCAGUAUCUGGAGCAAUUAUGCUCUGAGUUCAAUGGCUACCCCUGACCAGCUUGCCAGCAGGUCAAAUUGUACAGUAGUGAACAGAGGAUCCUCAAAACCUGUGCUUAACAUCCCAGCCUUUCUUUAUAACAUGUAGCACAUGCAUUGAACCUAGGCAAAAGGAACAAUAGCAAUUCUGCCUUGGUUGGCCUCCUGCCAGUCGUUUAUCUCUCAGUGUUCCUCACUUAUAAAAUAAGAGCAUUCACCUACUGUCUUUGAUCAGGUCUUUAUGUAGCUCUGUUGGCCAGCUGCAAAGUUUUCUGCUAGAAUUCCUAAACCAUAGUAACUCAGAUGUAGAUUUGUCCUAACACAGUCUCUGCCACAGUCUCUCUUUGGGACUACAACUCUCAUCAGCCCCAGCAAGCACAGCCAUGCCGACAGGGGUCUGAUGGGACUUGUAGUCCAAAAACUCCUGGAAGACAGCAGAUUUGGGCAGGCUAUACUAGUGUCUGAAGGUUGCCUCGGUGUAUGGCUCAUUGCUCAUUGGUUCCACCCCACAAGCUGGCAUUUUUCAUCUGGCUCUUCCCUCAAGUCAUUAUUUUGCCCCUGGCUCUGGUUUGAGGACCUCAGUAUUCUAGGGAAAAGCAAAGUACAUUCUGCAAGUGUGAAAUAUGCCCACUCUUGCUCAGCAUGAUGUAUUAGAACCAUGUGGGAAGCCAUAGGUUUCGCACAUGGUUCUAAUGGGAUGAGAGAGUUGGGUUGAGAGAGAAAUUUGAUUCAGUUCACAUUUAAAGAUGAACCUACCUACUUCUCAUUUUCCAAAACAGUAUGAGAACCGUAGCACAGCUACCCUUCCAAAUUCACACUACUCCAGCCAUUGUUUGCCAAAUUGCAUAUACAGUGGUGCCUCACAAGACGAAAUUAAUCCGUUCCGCGAGUCUCUUCCGUCUUGCAGUUUUUUCGUCUUGCGAAGCACGGCUAUUAGCGGCUUAGCAGCUAUUAGCGGCUUAGCGGCUUAGCAGCUAUUAGCGGCUUAGCGGCUAUUAACGGCUUAGCGGCUAUUAACGGCUUAGCGGCUUUAAGAAAAAGGAAACAAACUCGCAAGAACUCGCAAGACGUUUCGUCUUGUGAAGCAAGCCCAUAGGGAAAUUCGUCUUGCGGAACGACUCAAAAAACGGAAAACUCUUUCGUCUUGCGCGUUUUUCGUCUUGCGAGGCAUUCGUCUUGCGAGGCACCACUGUAUUGGAGAAAAGUGUGCGUAGAGAUGCAUAUAUCAGUGAAAUCAGCAUGCAUAAUAUUGAGGAAGAUUGCUUGCAAAAAAUAGGUACGUGGGUCAUAUCUGCAAACAAGCGUGUUCAUUAGGAGAAAUUCACACAAAAUUCUGACAGAUUUUCAUGUUUAUUUGGAGAACUGAACUUCAUGCUUUGAACACAGCAUGUAGUUAAACUUGCUGGGUGGCUUAUCUGCCUUAUGUGCACCAGCAGUUGAAUGGAGAUUUGCCACAUGCAGUCAUCUAAGUGGUGAGGGGCCUUGCAACAAGUUAUGUCCUCCGUGUAGAGGAACUACUUCAUUUAAACCAUCUAUGUGCCUGAUCCAACAGAAAUAGCAUGCAUAACCAGCUCUUAGAGCUUGCAUUCUGGUAUGGGGAGAGAGAGAGAUGCAUUCUUCAAGUGUCCAAAAAUGCACAGCUCAAUUCUGCUGAGAUAUCAGAAACAGAGGAUACCUGGGUCCUUUAUCAAAAAGUAAUUGCUGCUCCUUGUAACUGAGGGCUGCAACACUGGCCUGCAUGUCAGAGCAUGGAUGCUUCUGCAUUGCUUCUUCCCUAGAGUGUGGGACUUUGGUUCCAGGUAGGUUCCAGUCACAUUUGCUCAUUCACCAAACCCUUCUUGCAGUUUCCUACCUCUUUACUGGCACAGCUGGGAGAGAAGGGAUCUGAGAUAUCCCUGCCUGUGCUUGUUUUGGGAAAGCUGAGUGUCUCAUAACAUCCAGAUUCAUUGAUUAGGGUCCCCCCCCCCAUUGUGCAAAUGCCUGUAGCAGAAGUGGUUGGCUCAAAGUACAAAUAUACAGCCUUUUUUUUAAAUGGUUCUGGCAAAACCAUUGCUUAAUACAAGUAAGUAUUUCAGAAUUCCUUGGGUUAGUUUAUAAGGACAGAGGAGAUUUAAACUACCGUACUUGUUUGUAUAUGCAGGGAUAGGACGUGAAUACUCCUAUUGUUGCCCAUGUGAUGGAGAAAAUUGUGUGUGUUCCUAUGACUUUGUGUGUGAGCCACCUAAGACCUUCAGCUUAAAGGGAAAUGAUGGUUUAAAAACAAGCAACAUAUUCCACAGCUAGUUAAGCCAUCAGAUAGCAAAGAAAAGUUUUAGUUGUAUCCCCUGCAGACCCAUGCAUUGCUUUUCUUUCUUGCCAUUCCCUUCCCCAAACCCUAUUCUAGCAGGUAUAAAAUGCUUGGGUGGGAGAUACUAUCAAGUGGAAGCCAUACAGGUGUGUCACUGUCAUUGGUUCUAGAAGCGCAGUGUUUGUGCUAGGAACUUACCUGUGUCUGGCUGAAAGCUGUAUGUCAUUUUCUGGAAUCUCUCUCUCUCUAUCCACCUUCUGUUUUCAAGGUUUUUCUGAUUAGUUCUCACAUAGGAACCCGUCCCUCUUACAGUGAUGUCAGCAGGAUAUUCUAUUCACUGAACUCAUUGAGAAAUGGUAAUUCUGUGAGAUCAUGUGCCUUGCCCAAGGUCACCCAUAGAGAAACUGAUACAGCUGGGAAAGGAAUUUCAGAGGUCCUGCUCUCUGACCCAUACUUCCUCUUUCAGUGACCAUUUGAGACUGCCAAAUAUACCAGCCUUCCACUGAUAAACGUUUUUUUAAUAAGUUUUUAUUGUUAAAAUAGUUCAUCAUUAAUACACAUAUACAAGCAUACAAAUAUACAUUUCAUACAGUCCUUAAAAGUGUUCAAACAUACUUACACUCAAUCCCACAAAUAAUUCCUUUCCCCAUCACCAUCCACCACCCCUCACGCCACCUUUGUGUUUGACUUCCAAUCUACUCAAUUACAAUUUCUUUCCACUUCUAUUACUUUCUUUCACACACCUUUAGCCUAAUUUCAUACUUCUUUUUCUAUUACACAUUGUUAUCCAUCUUAUUUGAUAUUUCAGUAUUUGAAACGGAACUUGAAGGAUGUCAAAGGGGCAGGACACUGACCUCAUCUCUUGUUCCCCUUACAGGAAAGGAAGAUGUCCCUCCCUGCUUCCCCGACGUGGACUCCCCGACUGCUGCGCCGACCACCUAGCAGUUUAGACGGCUGGGUGAGCCCAGCCCAAACUCCAGAGCCCGAGGAAGGGCUUAUAGAGGCCUUUCGAGUAGCCAGUGUCAUGACCCCACCUCCUCCGCCCAUGUCUCCAUCCUGGAGCGAAAGAUCUGUGUCCCCAUUUCGGCAAGAGGCUGACCCCAAGUCCAGCCGACAGAUGCAGGUGCUGCUGGCCAGAAACAUCAUCAACGCUGCCAAGAGGAAGAGCUCUUCUCCCAAAGCUGUGGCCAUAGAGAGCUUCAGGCCCUUCACUCCUCCUGCCACUCCCUCAGGCGGAAGUCCUAAGAGUGUGGGCAACCAUUCCCCAAGCCCGCUGCCAUCUCCCAGGCCAACAAGGGCGGACGGAUACAGGCGUGUGUCUCUUCCUCUCUCUGCCGCACCGCCUCAUGCCAGUGCGUCUUCAAACAACAGUCCCAGGUUGCUAGGCAGCCAGUCCCCGACCUACAAGAGCCCACUGCAGUCUCCCAAAGCAGUGCGGAUGAAUGGGAACAAGUAUUUCACCAUGCCUGCCAGCACUGGGGCAUCCCUCUGCCACGCAGCGGCAUCCAACAAUGGCCUGAGAACAGCAGGCACCCAUUCUGUGGCCCAGUCUCCAAAACCCUCCAUCAUGGAGAGUCACAGGAUCUUCACACCUCCAGGAAGCACAACCAGGAAAUCAUCAUGUCCCAGCCCUAAGAAUGUGGGCACCUGCUCCCCCACCAUCAAAAGCCCUUUGCAGUCUCCCAUGGUAGGAGUCCGUUCUCCGCUGAAGCGCUUCACCUCCCUGUCACCCACCAACUCAGACGUAUCCCUCGACUCGGAAGAUUCUGGGAUCAAGUCGCCCAGCAUCCGCAGCUUCAACAUUUGUCCCCGGGGCUGGAAUGGAAGCCUGAGGCUGAAGCGGGGAAGCCUUCCUGCAGAAGCCCCCUGUACCUCCUAAACCUAGGACAGCAGAUGAGAAGGAGAAACAACCUGCAAAGUUGCCUGUUGCCAAAAUAUUAUGAAGUCCUACUACAGCCACUUAAUCCCACCCAUCUCAUUAAGCAUCAGGAGGAAGGAGCUGGGCCUGCACAGAUGCAAUCCCUUCCCAAAAAGCCUGCUCCUUUCUGAGGUUUAGAAGAAUGGAUCAGAGCCCAUUUGUUUGUGGGGAAGACCUUUCAGAUCAGAGGUACUCUCAAACCGAACGAAACAUGGCUGAGAUUCUACCCACCAACACACCAGAUCGCCAUGGGCUCCAUCCUCACAGCAUUUGCCUGCUUUUUUGGCAUUCAUCUGUCUCUGCUAGACUGGAGCCACCAGUGACUUCCUCGCUCAAGGGAGUCUAAUGAGGCUUUGGCUGCUUUUGUUGUCACGCAGUAACAUCCUGUGGGAUGAGGACAAUUGUACACACACAGCCUGCAGCAUAAUCCCCGGCAGACUGUCAACACGAGAGAACAGGAGGAGAGGCCUGCCAACAGCUUUGUUUGCCUUCCAUAUGAUAGCUGUUAUUGGCUUUCCCCCUCUAUUCUGACGGUGGCCGCUAGUCUGCCCUCACACCAGGGGGGCUGGACAUGAAGGUGAGGCAUGGCCAAGAAUCCCAGUCAGCAGUUACCCCUGGUGGCUGAUCUGUGCAAUGUAGCUUUAGCUCCAAAGAGAAGGCCUGGCUUUACACAAGCCCUGUGUAUCCAAAGAAGUUAGCCUCAUGGGCUCUAGGGUGCUGGAAAUCCACACUGGGAUAUGACCCAAGCAAUCCUGUAUCCUGGGGCGGAGGUGUGGAAUAUUCCACCACAACACAGGUGGAGUGGCUGCUCAGUCCAGAAGGCAAAGGCAAAAUACUCAACAUAAAAAUGACAUCCCUGCAGCCAAUGUCCAAAUGUUAUCUGGGUCCCAAAACUGAUAAAUGCCUGGAACAUUAGCCAAGCAUUACAAGAGAGCAUGAUGGAGACUACUUUUCCUCAGCAAUACUAUAUCAAGGCUAAUGUGCCCUAAGUUGGUCCCUGGCAAACACCCUCUUUAUUGAGGGGUGGGGACUCAAGCAUUUGCUAUAAAGCCUGUUCCGAUGAGAAUCUGUGUGCCUGGAGGUAUUCCUAUGGGAGGCCUGAGACACUCUGAGUAGUGCAGUAUGACUCCAUUAAGACUGCAGAUCUCCUGAAGGGGUUGAGAAGAGAGGCAGGGCUGACCUACGACUUGGAAGACAGACAGCUAACUGACUCCCAAAUCAGUUAUAUUUCUCAUGACAGCAAUAUCAGCAGGUGGAGGCCCAUUUUAAAGACUGUAUAAGGACGACGACUCCAAGAGAAAGAGACUCCUUCGGUUAGGCUCCUCUAGAAAAGAGGCUGGAUACAGCAGAAGUGGGCCUUGCCAAUGGGUUCAUGAAUAACCAUAAAUAAAUGGCGAGUGGGCCUUGUUUGGCCAAAGUCAGGAAUGCCUCCUGUGUGAUGGAAAGGUCAAAAGGAGGCUGCUUGGGACUGGAAUUGGCUGACUGGACUUUGCUUCUUUCUGCGUCCUUUCCACUUGCCACCACCAUCAAGGACCUGAUAAAUGGACUUUUCUAUUUUGUGCUGCCCAGAGAAGCUCCCUUUCAAAUCUGGCCACCCACGUCCAGCCCAUUUCCCUGUGCGAUGCUGUGUAACGCGCUGCCAUGUAGGCGAUACUCUGACUGGCAUGGGCAGGGCCGUAUCAGAUGUUUGCCCCACUUGCCCUUGAUUCUGCAGGCAUCCUCUAUUUUUAUCCCGCUAACCUUUAAAGACAGGAGCAUGCCUUAGGUGUUAAUUCAAGGGGAGCCAGAAACGAGUAAGCUAGGCCCCCGUCUUUGUUUCCUUCUGAUCAUGCAUGGCUUGCGAUGGGGAGAGCAGGCAGGGGACACUUCAAGCGGUGGGCUCCUUGGAAAGGUGGCCAAGCAAGCCAGCCCAGCUUUGUCACGUGGCAUGGACGUACUGUCGCCAUUCUGCUGCUCUGGCGGUACAGACUCAUGGCAGACCCCCCUAGUCAAAGGCUUCCAUUUGUGGGGACAAGGAGAAGCAGGGUAGGGCAGACCAUCAGGUGAUUCAAGCAGGCACCAUUGGAGGCAUGUGGAGAUCACAAGCCCUGUGUAUAUAGGACCACGAAAAACAAUUGGACUGCUUCCAUCCAACAAGGCUAUCAGUAGCUACUGGCCACAAUAGUUUUGUUCUACCUCCACUGUUGGAAGCUGGAGUAGAUGGGGUAGACUCAGCAGAGCUCUUCUAAUGCUCUUACAUACUGUUCCCAGACUUAUUAUAAAGGGGAUCCACCAAUGGAAUCUGGUUGUUUCAGGGAAGAGGACCUGCACAUAUCUGCCUUAACCCAUUGCUCUCCGUUGCCCCUGACACUUAUUUCAAGCAACCUGUCAACCCAACUUUGGAGCCCUUAUGCCUCCGCUUGCUGUAGUCAGCAACAGCAGGGGCUCAGGGAAGCCAAAACAGAGAUCCUGCUGCUGCUGCUGCCAUGAGGACCUGAGUUCUGCCUCCUUGACUCAGCAUGGAGAGGUGUAAGAACACCCAGUGCUACAAAAUGUUUGCUUCUUCCCUGCAGCUGCUUGGCCCCUCGGGCUUGGAGGUCAAGCAGAUACUUUGCUGCUGCUCCGGUUUCACUGGAGGAAUGGCAAGGGAGAAGAGCAUAUCACACAUUGGAUCCCACGCUGAGGCCCUCUGUUGUGACUGACAGGCCUAAGCGAUAAAUUUCAGUCCCACAGGCAGGGAACUUAUGGGUACAUCAGGUACCGUUCUCAGAUAGCUAGCUAGCUCUCUCUCUUUCUCUCUCUCUCUAGCCAGUUAACUUGUCCUUUGCAGCAGCAGCAGCAGCAAAGUGAGGGCAGGGACUGAUGGGGACAAGGAAAGGUUGCUGAUGCCCUCUAGAGGCUCGUGGGAUCAACUACGAGAUUUUUCACUGCUCCCGAGAGCAUGGUAGAGACAGAGAAAAAAUGUGUCUAAGGGAAAGUUGAACAUAAAAGCAGCAGCGGUUGAUUGAGCUUUUGACAAAGAGAACACUGUGCCAGAGAGAAAGCUCAGCUUUGGAUCUUCCAGGAAGAAGGUCUCGGUUAGUUAGCAGAUGGAAGCGUUGCAUGUCGUUGAGUGUGUGGGAGAGAGGCACUGAUCUGGGAGAAGGUGCUGAAAGAUGCCAUGAAUCUCUAAAGGGCUCCUUGUUGUUCCCUGAGCCAUGCGGGCAGCCUCUAGAACACACUGUUGCUUGCAGCCGAGGGAAGCUAAGAUAACAUGAGAUGCAAACCGUAUCAGUAAUAGCAUAUCCCUGAAUUUCCUGAGAGACAAGAAACCUCUUGCUUUCCCCAAGAGAGGGAUUAAAAAGAAAAGGAAAGGAAAAGAAAAGAAAGCAAAGUUAUAUUUGAAAGAAUAAACUUAUUAUAGCCUUGGUUCCCGGAACAGACUUCUAAAACUCCCUCUCCAGGUCUAAGCCCUCUUCCAAGCAAUUUUUGAAGAACUGCUUAGCGAUGUUGCAUUUAAAGAAAAACUGAGUGAGUUUAAGAAAAGUUAAAGCUCUACUAGGGUAGAGGAGGAGGUUGAAAAGCAUCUGCUUGUCCCUCUUGUCCCUGAUUUCACAGGCUCUACCUUCUCCACCUUUACCAUGUGUGUGAGAUGCUUCUCAUUGCUGAGGAGGCGCUGUGUUGUUAUGUUUGCAGGCUGGAUGUCUUCAGGUAGCCCUCAUGGGUGCAAAUUUGGAGAUGUCUGAUCUAGUGUGACGGCAUUGAUCCAACCUCCUUUGGGAGUGUGAGAAUAAACUAUGAAGUCUAAGUUGUAUUAUCAAGCUCCAGGGACUCAAAUUCAGUAGCAUAAUACUUCUUUUUACAGUUAAGAUAAUCCUUCUAAAUCAAUCUGAAGAUUGAUUUCCUUUGAAGAGAAAUGAGAAUUUUUACCCUGCUUUUACAAACCAAACCACAACGAUUAAUCGAUGGAGGGAUACCGUUUUUCCUGAUGGUCUUUUUAAAAGCCUUGUUAGUUUCCCCCCCUCUUCAAAAUAGUGACAAUGAAUCCCCCCCCCACACACACAGUGUAUACAGAUACUGCAUGUAAAUAGUAGCAAUGACUUCUGAAACAAUGUAUGAUAUCCACUCUGCAAGAGAAUGUGCACAGCUAACCAUUUCCUACUUGCUCACUCAAUGCAAAGAAACGGUUUUGAUAAUCUGUUAUAAAAAUAAUAAUUCUCUAUGUUUAUUUCCCAUUAGGGAAUCAGUUACCAAGCAUGCGUUGUUUCACAUAAACCUGCCCCUCGUGUAAGUUACAAAGCAAGAUGAAUCAGGGUCAAUAUGCACAACAUUGAACAGCGCAAACCUUUGCACAGCUACUCAGAAGUAAGCCCCAUUGAACUCAAUGGGGCAGUUAAGCAUUGAGCCUAAAUUUAAAUCCCUUGCUUAUAAAUCAGCGGUCAGGUCUCCUUGCAAACACCUGGACUCAGAUUCACAGCAGAAGCCUUGACUUCCCCGUUCUUGAAAGGUCCCAGAUAGGGAUAUAUGCCAAAGGUCUUAUGAGCAAAAUUGAUUCCCAGUUCACAAGAGCUUUUGCAUGCAAAGCAGAUGUGUAGUUUCUAUUAGUAUUGCUGUUUCCCUGGGCAUCUCUCCCAGAAAACAAAGAGCAAGAGGAAGGAUGUAUUACUAUUCCAACUGUAACACACUGCCAUGUUGGAGCUGGCAGCUCAAUUCAAGAGGAACACGGAGGAAUUGCUGGAGGAGAAAAGAUGUUGUUAAUUAAAUAUUGCAAGUGUCUCACUUAGGGGGCCUCUUGGGCAACUCAUGACUUUUUGGCUUGUGGGACGUCUUUGUUCUGAAAUUCUAUAACCAAGAACACACUGGGCUUGCUGUCUCUUCACCAGAUGCUCUUUGCGUUAGCACUGCACCAUGCCUCUGUAUAACGAAACUCCAAAAUAAAUACAUUAGCCCACACGG